AUUGUUUCAAGUCUUAAUGUUUCUAAUCAACGCUGGUCGUCCAUCAACUGAGGCAAACACCGUAUUCACAGGAGCACAGGUUUAAUUAGCUGGAGGUGAAAUGUGCUCUCUUGUCACCAACCGUCUGCCCCUCGGCUCUUUCCGUCUCUUUCCGCCUUCUCAUUAACAUUCCUCACUUGUGGGUGUGAAGCUGAAAGGAUCUCCGGCGCGCCGAGCGGAGACGCGCAGAGUCCCUGUGCGUUCAGAGGAGGAGGAGGUAUCAGCUGCCGGCAGGAGGAGAGAGACGAGGAGGAGCGGAAGAAGAGACAGCAGACCUCUACAUCUCAGGCUGCUGGUGUCCAGUCAGUGCAAAACAAAACAAAAAAAACCCCACUGAUUAUUUUGGUUUUCUCCCCAAGGCUGAAGGUGUCCACUAUGUUUCGGAUCUAACGUCUCAGGAGAGAACAAGGAAUAUCAGACUCCCCUGGUGGAUGUGGACACCUAAACUGUGGACAUGGAAAAGAUAGUGAAUUUAUCCCUUUCUGUUCUGCUGGUUUUAUGGGGAUGCGCGCACGGAGGCUCGCCCAGUGUCCAGAUUGGUACGUAUCCAUGAGUUCAAACGCAAAAAAAAGAGACACUAAAUUGGCCGAAAAGCAACAAUUUGUGCGUAAAAUCUUGAGGAAAACUGGCGAAAAAAAACGUUUUUUUUAUCAAAUGAGAAAACUGUGAAGGUGUAACUGAUGUUCUGUGUCGGUUUCAGGGGGACUUUUUCCAAGGGGCGCGGAUCAAGAGUACAGCGCUUUUCGGAUAGGAAUGGUUCAGUUUGGCACCUCGGAAUUCAGAUUGACGCCUCACAUUGACAAUCUGGAAGUGGCGAACAGUUUCGCUGUCACCAACUGCUGUAAGUGCCAAAAUCAUUUCCCCUCAUCUUUACAAUAAUUCUGGCAAGUGUUGAUAUCAUCCAUAAAUCACUGGAGUUGGCGCUCCUUUUGUGCGUUUCCAUGGCAUGAGUUUGGGUCUUUAAUGAUUCUGGAAGACAGGAAUUAUUCCAGCUGUCUGAUCUUUAGUCUUUCAGCAGACAUGAGGAGGCUGUGAGCUGGUUAGAUGUGGCUGAGGAGCAUCGUGUGGGCAGGAGAAAGUUGGUUUCCACAGUAACAGUCAGUCACAUCCAUCCCCCCUUUUCAUUCCUCUAGAUUCUAAGAUGAAACAAACCCGCACUGAAAAAUAUCGAUCCAACUUCUGAUUUCCAGCCAACAGUCUGGAAACUGAAUCCUCAGCAUGAGAAAAAAACGCUGUAGCUGGGUAAUUACGCCCAAUUAAACCCUUUCCCUUGAAUAAAAAGCCAGUUCCCUCGGCCGUCAGCGCAAAGAUGUCACUUUUUCCCCCUUUUUUCUGCAAUAAAGAAACCCUCGCCACAUUAUUCAGAGUUUUCUGACAUGUUUAGUGAAGAGAAAAGAAGAUAUGGACUCUCAUUUUUUCAGUGUGCACCGCUGUCACGUCUGUUCUCAGCUCAGAAGGAGCGGUGUUCAUCCACAUCCAUUGUUGUCAAAGCCCACAUACAUGGAUUCACGCUGAGCGUCGUGCGUAAUGUCUGGGCGACGCUUUAACAUGUAUUACUGAUUAAUAUAAACGGUGAAUGAAGAGCCCUGCAAAUGGCCUGCUGCUCCUCCAGGGAGCGCAAGGGUUAAUGGCUUUUGACCGAAUCACGACUCCUCAUUGAAAAGAGUCUGCCUCAUAUCAGCGUCUGCUUUUUUUUCUUCAACCACAAAUCUGAGAGUUUGGGUUGAAAUCAAGUGUUUGUCUGAUCCAAAGAGGCAGGAUGAGGAGGGUUUCCUUUCAAAACAGCCGCAACAGGAGGAAGUAAAUAGGUUCUAAGGUCGCUAUUUUUAAUAGCCUCAGCUCCAACAUUUCAUUAGGCGGUUGCCAAGCGACUACUCCUCUCAACAGUCCCUCACACAUAAAUCAAACGCUUCUGAUUGGUGCGCGCAUCGCUCCAAUCGAUUUCAUUACCAUAUAAAAGCUUCCUGCUUGGAGAAGCUCUUUGCGUGUGACAGAUCACAGCGAGAUCCGUGUCCACGUCCAACAUACAAAUGUCACUGUGCCCAAGCUGUGAGGAAACGACACUGACAACACUGUUCCCAACUUAAGGUGUGUUUACUGAGACUCUUGACAGGGUGGAGGACGGAUGGAGCUGCUGUUCAGACAGUGUAGACUCCUGUAUAUGUCACUGUUUUUUUCAUCUAGGAUAUAAUUAUUAUUACUAUUACUAAUUUACAAGGGUCUGAUUAUUUAAAUAAAACCACAAUCAUCCACGCUGACAGAAACUAUACUCAAUAAAGAUGUACACUUGUAGAUAUUUUCCUUUAAUUUAGCUGCUUUUACCUCCAAGUCUUUGAAGCAUUUUGCCAAAUUUGUCAUUUCAACUCAUUAUGAUCAAUAUUGGAACAUUACACACUUAAUUGACUUGCUUGCUUUUUGGCCACUCAAGGUUUGAAGAAGGGAAAUCAGCAAAUAAAAUGAUUUUUAGGUCUUUAUUUUGAUUGUGCGCAGGAUCCAGGAGGCUCAUGAGGGUCAGAUUCUGAUCUGCAUGGCUACAAUCCAUCCAAGAAAUUAAUCCUAUCAUGCAAAAAACAAUUUAAAGUCAGAUUUUUUUUUAUAUCACAUUGGUGUUAUGCAACCCUCGUGCAUGCUUAAAUCUUGAGUAUUAUGAUAGUUAUAGUUCUAUUUCAUCCUCCUGCAUUGACAAAUAUUCAAGCGAAGCUCAACUGAGGACUGCAGAUCAUGCAAACCUGCACACAGUUCCCCUCAAGCCUGUUGUAGACUGACUGGGUGUUAAGAAUAAACAAAUGACUGAAUGAUGCAGAUUUGAGUGGUAAUGUUGAGCUGAAUGUAUCAUCCAUGCUGUUUUUUGUGUCUGAGCCUAGCAUCAAGGCGGCAUGUGCACAUGCAUAUGCUUUUGGACCUCUUCCUCUUCUUCUUGAAUACUUGUGUGGGAGUUGGGAGUAGGAGGGGGGGGUUCUCUUAAGCCGGUAGAUGGCAGCCUGCCUCACAAUACACCUCCAUUAUAGUGGAUUAGGAACACCAUGCUGUCUUUCUUUAAAAUGUGCUUCAUGAGGCAGCACAGCCGAGAACAAAAGGAGAAACCAUGAAGCUGACGCAGCAGAUUGAUGCUAGAAGUGUAAAACUAGAUUCCUGUCAGGUUUUUAUGGAGCUCCAGGACUCCACACAUUUUAUAAUCAGAGAAAGUACUUCAGGUUUCAUUGUGGAUCCAGAAAAAAGAACAUUUGUCCUUCAUGCACAGAAUAAAAGAAUGAAAGAAAAAUAAAACUAUGUGCGAUAUUAUUGAAGUGGACAGCAGGAUCUAGGAAAGAUUUAUCCUCUCUCUUUAUUGCUUCCCAAAAUACGUUUGGAGAAGAUAUGCUGAGCAAAUAUGAACAGAUUUAGGGCUAAAACUCAACACAAAUGGUGGGUUUCACAUGUCGCACAGCAUUCAUCGUCUUGAGGACUAGGGCUGGGCGAUAAACUGAAAAUUUAGCUAUACCGAAAUUUACGACAAUAACCAACAUCAUUUUGCCCAUGUCAAUACAUUCGCUGUCAAAAAAUAAAUAAAUAAAUGAAAGUUGGUUUUGGAUGUGUGUAGGUAGGCUAUGGUCUCAUGUCCCUUUAAGACGCUGUCCAAUGUCAGAGACGUGACUCCACCCCAUCCAGUCAGUAACAAAGAGGGAAAGACAGGUGAGGAGAUGGAGGACGGUUUAAAAAUUGGGGCGACUGUUGAAGUAGACAAAGCUAAUGUGGGAGGGGGUGAGCAGCUUGUGGAGUAGUUAUCGUCCAUUUAUCGUUAUCGAGGUGAACUGCUCAAUACAUCAUGAUAUUGAUUAGAAGCCAUAUCGCCCAGCCCUUUUAAGGACCAACCUCAAAACAGAUGAUAGAAAUUGCUACCAGCUAUUCUGCAAAUGAUGGAUUAUAUUAGGGCCGACAAAUAGGAGGGGAUUUCUAAACCAAAGUUGUACAAUUACGACAACAAAUUGGUAAAAUUACAAGGAAAACGUGAGGAAGGUGAAGCAUCGGAAACUGCUGUUUGUCUUCAGUUGAGUUUAACGUCACAAGAUCAUCCUUAGCUUACAUAGAUUAACCGAAGCUUGUAAUUUCUCAUAGAAUAACAACGUUACUCUCUCUCAUUUAUAACAUUACUCUUGGAAAGCUGACACCAACCCCUUUAGACCAGUCUAAGAGAUUAGAAGUCACGAUAUUAAAAGGGUUAGUCUUGUUUCUGAUGGUCUUGUUGUGUUUGAAUAUCAUGAUUUUAAGUCCAGUCAAAAAACUUACAGGAGUUUUAACCUUCGAGCAACUUGUUAGAGUAAAUUCCCAGUCUGGAAGUAUGGUGUCAGCCCUAAAGGAUACAGUAACUACAUGAUUAAAAGUGAUUUUAAAAAACUCACACUGAGAACAUAUGGAUUUGCAGCCUACAGACACAUCAGACUCGACUUGUAUUCGGCCUGUGCUACAGCUUACUCCAUCAAUGCAGUGUGUCAGAGACAGUGGGAGGGAGGGUGAUACAUUCCUCCAUCAAUAACAGUUCAUCUGGACAGGCCUGCAUCUGCUGCCAAGACCAGGGGAGUUGUUGGCACUGUGUGUGUGUCAGUGCUGUUGUAUUAGUCUGCCAUCCAUCCCAGAGCAAUAAGUUUCAAAGAUUCAAAGUUCCCGGAAUAGAGACACCUUAGAAACCCAACAUGGUUUUAUGACUAAUAAACAAUUCCUGUGCUGUUAAAAGGACAGGUUUUUAUGACGGAUUUUCAAAGUCUGCCUGUCAUGUUCUGACUGAAUUUGGAGAGUUGUAACUUCUAAUGCGUACAUGCAUAAAGGUCUGCUAAAACCUGUUGGUAAGGACACAUUUUGGGGUUACCAGGUCUGUACAGUACCUGUGGAUACGUAAUUUCCACGCGGGUUGCUUUGUUGGAUAUUUGAUUCUGAUUGGUUGAAGAGCCACUCCGAUGAAAAUCAUGUUUUUCUUGUUGUCUACAUAUUCAUAUGGCAUUUUUCUGAUGCUACAGGACAUAUCAUGAGAAAAAUAUGUGCGAAAUUGCGUUUCUGAAUCAGGAAGGCUCAGAUAGAGUGAGAUUUCCUACAUAGCAAAUCAAAGCUCCGCCCCUGAGGCCCCACUAUGCUGGCCAGACUCCAAAAAGUAGAGAGGACGAUCACAGAACAAGCCUGUGCGUUAACAGAUUGCAAUUUUCAUAAGAAACCUAAUUAUGAUAUCAACUUUCAUCAUGUUCCCAAAGACAUUCAUGUCCGAGAACUGAAUAGCUCCUAUGUUACCUGCUUCUGCUACUACACCUGCAAUGUUAGGCUGCAAGCUAGCAUGAGCAAAGCUGUCUCCGCCCACAACUCAGAGGUGAAUUGCUAAUGAGCUACUGAAGCUCUGCAGAAGAAAAGUCCUUGAAAAUGACACAGGUAAUGUGAUUUUGGCUUUAAACUUUAUAAUCACAGUUCAGAGACCACUGAAAACACUUAAAGUAGUAAAAAAAAAUCGGAGUGGGACUUUGAAACCUUUUGACAAAGCAAGAGCUUCAUGUUCAUGGUCGGCAUAACCACCAGUUGAGUACAUUAUCCUUAACUCAUCACCCCACUGUGUUGAAUACUUAAUUCUGAUUGGUCAACCCUCAUAUCAACAGUAAUCAGGCAAUAAUAGUUUACAAAGUGUCAGCAGUCUAACUUGGUAAACAAACGCUGAGGUAAAAACACUAGUUUAGUCCUGAUAGCUGCAUGAUAACAACAGUCCAGAGCCUGGGGAGCUCCUGCUGCUCAAACACCUGAGAAUCCUGUGAUGUUAUCAUAUAUCAUAAAGCAUGACUCAUACAUGAUGAAAUCAGUCUUGGAUUAUUUUUAACCACGGUGUUGCAAAAUGUCAUUUUUGAGCGUAUCUGAUGUGCAGGAAUGGGACCGCUUUGAUAUCAUCAUGAUAUGGAGUUAAGAUAAUCUCCGAUAUGACUGAUGCUGUAUAUAUAUGUCAGCUCAGAAAUCUUACACUUUAAUAACAAAGAGCGAUGAUAUGACAGAGAUUUGAUAAUACUACAGCCAAUAUUUUCAGAUAUGGCAUACGGCAUAGUUCAAUAUUUUUUUUUAAUGAGACAUAUCUGGAAACAUUUUUAUUACCAUAUAAAAGAUCAAUCCUAUGAUAAUGCAAACAAUUAAAUCUCCAUCUAUGCUGCUAAUAUGAUAAAGAUUGUGUUUUUGCACAUGAGGGUCCUGCUCACCCUGCAUGGAUUCAAACUUGCAUAACAACCCAUCCAUUAUACAUAAUUACAACACACACACUCACUACAGCUCUUAUUACACAAUCCUCACAAAGUCUAUCCUUACUUUCAUGGUGAAUUUGCUUUUUUAGACAUUACAGGCACAACUACAUGGAUGAAUAUAAAGGGGCACUCCACCAAUUUAUGUACAGAAGUCAUUUUACAACCAUUGAGAGCGAGAUCCAGCAAAAACAAACAACUGCGUGGUGUUUUGUGUGACUCUGGGGGAAAGUUUUAGGAAAUGGCUCUGCCUGAAAGCUCCUCUUUGACAGAAUCAUUGAAUACUGGGAGAACUGGGAGUCAUUAGUUUGAAAUAUGUUCGAAUUUGCCAUCCACAGAGGUUGCUCUGGAGUGGCAUAAUGGGGAAAUUUGGGAUUGCAUAUUUUAAAAGCUUGUGAAUGUACAAUCAGGAUAUUUCUGUCUGUGCUGCUUUAAUUCUGACUCUAUUAUUAUCUGUUAUUUGAGGAUAUAUAGAAACUUGAAAUAGAAGUAAAAUCAAGUACAUGGAGAACAAAUCUAAUGAGAUUAAAGAUUAAGAUGCAAAAUAAAGAGAAACAGAAACAGUUGGGAUUUAGUUUCCCAAGGUGGGGUCCCAGAAGGCGCCACAUGGUGGGUUAUCAGAUAAUUACUGAGGCUGGAAAAAAAGAAAGAAACAUAAAGCUUAACAGAGUGAAGCUUCUUUUGUCGUCUAUUCUCAAAUCGUAUCUUUUCUUCAAGCAAAAUAUAGUCCUCACAGUGAUGGAGUUAUUCAAAUGAAGCACUCUGCAAGGCACACAGAUGAAGACUCGCUAUGAUGAAGGGUCAAUGUCCCGCAUUAAUGGGGGGUGUCACAGCCUUAGAGAAAUUCAGGUCUAUGUGCCUCGAUUGACUGAUUUUGUGACACUGAAAUGAAACUUUUGAUGAACCUUUUUCAUGAGUAGAAACUUCAUUUGGGUUCAACAAGUCCACAAUGUGUAGUUUGUGUGCAACUGUGAAGCUCUCUCUACCUUAGUCAGUAGCAGUGCAACCAACUCACUCAGACUCACACUGCCCACCUAGAGCAGCACUUUCUGUCUGAUAGUUAUCAGUCCUUUGAGUAAAUCUUUGGUUUGUCUUAUUUUAUAUUUGCCUCAGUCUCAGUUUGGAUUACAUGCCGGUCAGCUGGUGUUGGAGAGCAAGAGUCAGCCGUAUUAGGAAUGCUGACUCAAAUAAGAUUGAUGGAACUGUAAGAUGACCUACUGCUAGCAAAACUUACAACCGUAACAUCUUCAAAACUGGAGAAAAGCUUUAAAAGCCAAUACUGCUACGGAUACUUAAGAUCGGGGCUGAUGUCGAUAGCGAACUGAUGUUGUUUUGUUUUUGCAUUACUUUUUGCGUCUGGUUUUUACAUGAUCAAAAACUGUGGUUUAUUUAAAUAGCUGCUUGUCCUUCCUUUAAAGUCCCCCUUUUAUGUCUCACAAACUGCAUGACGCUAAUCCUUCUCAGACACCAGGACUAUUUCCAUUUUUGGUCCCAUUUUGGGAGGGUAUGCAGCACAAGGUCGAGCUUGAACCUGCAACUGCUGCAGGGACUGUAGUCCCCAUAACAUGGGGUGCGAUCGCCCACUUGGCCAUCGGCGCGUCCCUGUAGUCAAGUUUAACGACUUACCAGAAUGGAAAUAGAUGCUACAGGAUGCAGAUAAAUAUUGACUUGGCUGAUGUUUUUCGCUGCUCGUCUCAAAUGGACAAUCAGGGGACUGCAGUUUAACAUCCUCUGAUAUUGGCUUUAUUUCCCCAGAGCAGAGGUUGUCACAUGUUAAAGACCGACAUUUGCAUGACAGUCCUGUUAUCAGUCCCCAGGAUGCAGAACUGCUAUAGUUUGCACUUGCAUCACCAGUGCUGUGACACCAAGUGUCAAACAUGACACCUCUUUGGGGACUGUUGGCUGCAUGGCUGAGACACACAUUUCACCAUCAUCUUCUCACAUCUUGCACUCUUCUCUAAUUGGACAGCCCACCUACACAUUUUAAAAGAUGUUGAUAAUGAGCAGCAGAGUGACUUUCUCUUUCCUGCAGUGAAAAAUGUUGAUAUAAAACAUGUUAUGUUUUUAUCUUUCUGUGUUUUCCUGCUAAGCGAGAUGCUGUUUGGCUCUACCUGCUUUUAUUUCUGACACCAACCUCUCUCAAAGCAAACCUCUCUUCCUCCUGUGAGAGCAGUUUGAGGUCACUCUCAGCCGACCAGCGAUUUAACACUUCAAAGUUCUAGUUUGUCAUGCUUGAAUCACGUCAUACUGUAAUUUCACACGUCUACAUGCGCACAGUAUCUCAAGGAGGCACACACUCGGAGACCUCGCCGACUGAUCAAAAGCUUUAAAAUGGCUGUAUAUAUGCGCAGCAGAGCAUUGGUUAUAGCCAAUUUAUUGUUCACACUUAAUUAAGUGCAUUCUCCUCCAUUUCAGAGGGAGCUGUGAAAUAUUAAAUAGGCCUGGGAGCUGGCCGGUCAGAAAAUGAGGCUAAAGAACCCUCUGUGGAUCUUUGCUUGCCCUGAAUACUCCCCCAACCAAGCCCUUACCACUCUGUCCUCAAAAACACAGGACUCAGACGGCAUCAGUGACAGAAUGAUUCAAAGCUCUCAGCUGGAAGUCGACUCUCGUCUCAGAUCCAGACGCUCGGUUCACUCGGAGUCUUCAAGGCAGGUGGCUUCGACACAUGUUUGCCCAAAAGCUGAACAAAAAGAUACUUUGAGCUCUCCAACUGUGGUGAGAGCAACUUAAAUUCAGUUGCUGCACAGUCAGGGCUGGAAAACAGUCUUAGAAGGUGAUUCGUUUGGUAGAUAGACUGCUGGGACAAGGCUGAACUUCACAGAGCCUGCUGGAGGUUUGUGUUUGUUUUACUUCGAGUUACCAAGAUCUGAAGCUUCCCUUUAUAAAUAGGCUUCACUCCAGACUCACCAACCUUUUUCCCAGGGCCAGGAAAGAUUUUUUUCCUUCCCUUUCUGAUUGGUGAUAUGUUGGUGCCGUUGCAAUGAGCCCCCUGCAGCAGAAUUGAUGACACGCGACACACUGUGCAGUAACUUAAUCUCCAUCAACUCCAGCAGGGUCAGUCACAAUCUCAUGUGAAUCAAAGCUUUUUUUCCACACAUUCAUCUGAGGCUGGGCGAUAAACCGAAAAUUUACUGAUACCGAAAUUUACGAAUGAUAUUCACAAUCAGGAUUUGAUCUUGACCAAGACACAUACGAUGACAACAUUACCCCAACUUGACUCAAACACUCCUCUGGUGACUCAAAGUCCAGGUUUGGUGACUCAUCUACAACACUUCUAUCACAUCCACUCUUUUGUGGAGAGAAUGAACAAACACAGGACCUGGAUCUGAGCAAGAUCUAGGUCAAACCCAUGUCCACAGUUGGAUAGCACUAACCUUAGAAGUUACAUAACUGUGGCCUCACUUCUCUUAUCUACAGUUUAAGUAAAAAUAACUUUCACUUUAACCUUUUCUCUAAACCUGAGCAGUUCUGAUGUCUAAACCCAACAAAACUGGAUGUUUUUUGUUUGGUAGGGGCCCCACAUCCGGCCAACUGCUUGGCAGGGUUUAUGAUAAAUGUUGUUUGGCUGAAAUGUUCCCAAUAACAACCUUUGAUUUUAUACCAGAAAAGGACUUCAGGUUGAAAUAAAAGAGCUCUGACUACAGCCAGGAGCAAAAUCAGCCGUCACCACACAGAGCUUUUAUUCUUACUGACACUAAAAGGUUUUGUAUUGCAACCUCUAAAUAUGCUUAUACUAAAGAUAUCAAUCAACUCAACUGUGCCUGAUAUAAGUCUGCAUUUUGACUCGUUUUGUUUUAUGCUCCCAGCAGAGCAGUCGGCAUCAACACUUAAAUCAAAACGCUAUUAGGAUCCAGAAUUAUGUCUUGUUUUUGAAGCUAUGUGUUUUUGUCCCCUACGCCACACCGUACUUAAACUGCUACAACAUAUUCCUGUUUCUUGUAUAUAAAACAACAAUAUCACAGAAUUUCUGAAUGACACUUUUCUGUCAAACAGAGUUUAAAUAUCAUCAGUACUUUGAUUUUAAACUAUCACCUAUAAGGUUUGCACGUAGGAGCAGCUUAUCACUCUGGAUUACAAAGAACAUUAAGCCAAACAAGUCAAACUUUAUUCAACUCAUUCAAUAACUCUGCAUGGCUACGGUAGCUGCAGUGCUCCGACAAGCCAAAAGGAUUUUCAGUGCGCCUUAUAGUGUGAAAAAUACAGUAUAUCGACCUGCAUUUAAAAUCUCUGAUAUCAGCACUCCGAUACAAGCAGUCCAUUCCAGACUCCACUCCGGCACCUUUUGCAAGCAGCGCCCAGACCCAGCAUGCAGAGCCCACGUGAUCACAAGAACAGUGUGUACUAAAGUACAAACAAAGUAGCAAGAAGUAAGAGUGAUGUCGGCUGUAUGGCAGUAUUUUUCGUUUAAGUCUGAAAGAGACAUUGCAGCUGAGUGCAAAAGUUGUCAUGCACAAGUUUGUGCCAAUAUCAAAUCAAAUAUCGGUCGAUACUGAAGGCUACAAUAUUGGUACCGUAUCGGAAGUAAAAAAGUUGUAUCGGGACACUCCUAAUAGUUUUCCCCCUGUUUCUUUGCAUUUGUUUAUGAGUCUUUGUUUGUUUGACUGAAAAAGCAGACAACACUGAGAAGAGGUGAAAUGUUUCCAGUCUGAUCUGUGCAUAAAGAUCUGGACCAGUCUCCUCAGAGCGCAGAUCCUUAUCCUAAAACGACGUAACCCAGGUCUUUGUCCUUUGUCCUUUAUCUAGAUGUCCCUCUUCCAUAUCUCAUACCGAAGAAAUAAAAACAACUCGCUCCUUCCUCCGCAGCCUCUAAAGGCUCGUACAGUGAUGAAAGAACAGGCGACAACAGCAUCAUUUUCCUCCCUCUGUUUUAAUAUGUGAACAAGUCAAGUCAGAGCAGAGCUGUCGCCGAGCAAGACGUUGCAUCUAUCAUCGGAGUCAGACUCAGUGGGAAGCUAAAAUGAUUAUAGAUCAGCUGUCUUCAGAGUUCAUUACUGAUAUGAUGAAGAGCAUCAUUACUUCACUGCAUCUGAGAGCCGGCGGCAAACCGUUCUCUUUCUAGAUUUAAAAGCAGGAAGAGAAAAGAUGGUCGUGUUGAAAAAAUGGUGGAAAUCUGAGCCUCAUCCAACAUUUAGAUGAAAAAAAAUCAGCCGAUGCGAAACUAAUACUCAUGGUAAAUGUUCAUCUAUGUUGUCAGAUGAAUUUCAUGCUAUCAAGCUUGUGCACCUGAUUCAAGGAGGAGGAGGCUAAAAUCAUCAUUCAUAUUUUCGUCAUUGUUGACCUGCAAUGUGAAAUGGGUCAUAUGUUGUGUCUAAGCUGUAACGCAGCCAUCUUCCACUAGUUAAAACUGAUAGUUCCAUUUAAUGUUUGCUGCCACAGUGCUCUGAUGCUCUACGACCAGGAUGAAAACAAGCACAGAUGAUAGGUGACACCUCAGUGCGGCAUAGUUUAGCAGCAUUUUAAUGAAGAAAGUUGAAGUUGAGUUACAUUUGUACAUAACCACCUGUUAAUCUCUCAGCAGAUACUCAGAUCCAUGUGAUGUAUAAUCUAUAAAAGUUACAACUUAAUAUAAAAAAGCAGAAAUAGAGAAUUUUUUGUGUAAAAUAUGUUAUAUUGGUAUGAAUUAUCUGAAGCAUUUGAAGAAGCUAUUCCCUCUCCUAAAUCUGGCAUUCACUCCUCUGUAAUCAACUUGAAGUUCACUUAACUGAGGAUGAGUAAAAUUCGCUUUAAUUCUCUGAAUAACCUUUCUGAAUUCAGAUGCUCAUUAGCAUGCAGAGAGGAGAAUCUGUCCUUCCAUCACGCUGUGAUUAAGAUUUGAUCCGGUUGCCUUCCCCGCUCUAACAGGGUGUUCUUGUCAGACUUAUUAGGAUUUAAAUGCGCGUGUGUGUGUGGUUUUUGUGUAUGUGUAUGUGUACAAGUGUGUAGAAAGAAAUAGAGAGAGUGAGAAUGAGGAAGAUAAAGAAAUGGGAAAUGAUUAAUGAAAAUGACAGGACAGAGCAGAACGACUGCACAGUGUGAUAAGCAGAGUGCAGAGAGCAGACAGACGUGUCCUUCUGCUCCAUGUUACUGUAACGUUACAUCUCGCUGAGCAAAAUGUAAAUGUAGGAGUGCCUGUCUUUAGGCUGGCUGUGUCCUUUAGCAAAGGGCGGGAGGACUCAGGCUAAAGGUGAAAACAAUCGAGAAGAAAUCUUUAAAUGCCUGUUUUAUUUUUUUAGGAUAGAGCAGUUUUGAACCUGCUGUCAUGGAGGUUAAAAUAACCAACUCUGAACUGCUGCUUCAGAUAGUUACUGUUGAGGUGAAUCCUGUCCUCUUAUUAAGUUGAAUCUAAAGUCCUGAGGUUUUCAUGACUUGGUAUAUUUUGUAUCGAUCUAGAAAGAAUAUCUCACUGUUAAAAAAAAUGAAAAAUUACACAAGUGAUAAUGUUAAGUGAGUGGGUGGUUUAUAACUAUUAGGAUCCUGACAGGGUGAGCAGGACCCUGACACAAAGAGGAUCUGUUUUCUCUGAACCUAAGAGGAAACUUAGUAAAGAUAAGAAGAAUAAUAAUAAUAAGAAGAACUUUAUUAAUCCCUGAAGGGAAAUUCAAUUGUCUGUUGUCUCACUUGACAUGUCUCCAAAAGUUAUCUACUAUUUACACAAGAGUUAUAAAGUCUGAUGGCUGUUGGUACAAAAGAUCUACUGAAUCUUUCUGUAAAGAAAAAGUUCUUCAGUUCUCUGUCUCAAAAGAGCUUUGCAAAUGUCAAAACUGUUCAACCUUUUGUACACUGUUGCUAUUUUCACACUGUUACACUUGAAACCUAACAGCUUGAGAUGAGGAUUGAUAUUUUUUGCCACAGGGUCAACAAGCGGAGGUGAAUUGUUCAAUCUCUUUUUACCGCCUGGUGUCAUUUGAUAUUAGUCAUUAAGUUGCUUCAGGUAUCCCUAUUGCCAUAGAUAAUUAGUAAGCAUUAUUUGGAGUCUUAACCAAUUAGAAUAGAGUAUUUAACUCAAUGAGGUGAUAAAUAAUUGCAGCGUUACUUAAUCCUAAGGCUAUAAAAACCUAAAAGUUAAUGUGAAGUCAGUUGAGAAUAAGCAACAUUUGAAUCCAAGACCAGUUUUUCAGAGCAAACAUUUCAGUCUAUUGGAUUGUCAUGUAACACAUUGUAUCAUAUCCUGUUGUAUCCUAUCCUAUCCUAAGACCUCUCUUGAACCAUGAAGGAGGAUUACUACAUGUUGAAAUCUAUUGGAAGCUCUGGGCAAUAUAUCCAAAAGCAGUACCAGACUUCUUUGUCGGUACCUUUCAAUAUCAAUAUUUCAUUCCAUAUAGAAUUGACAAUGCUGUAAGUUUUAAAGUAUCCCCUAAAUUAUUAAAAAAAGGGGGUUAUUAGUCAAACGUGAUGACUUGUCCAUAAACUUAAUGAUGUGCAUUGCUGAUGACCUCUGACUAUCAUCUGUCGUUGCUUUCUUGUCAUGUGACAGGCUGAAUAAACCAUAUCUAUAUCAUUUUCUAAUACUUAUCAUCAUUAUCAAGUUGAAUUUCACGGAGGCACAAUUUUGAUGAUGUUUGUCAUCCAGUCUGGACUAAUUGGGGCAGUACCAUGAUAUAACUGUAUGAAAGGAUUUCAGUUCACAGUGAAAUCACACACUCGUUGUCUGUCGUUAUGUCGAAGUUGUCUCACAUUAUCUGUUUUCUUUGCAUUACCUUUAUAACUGAGAUGUCUCAUCCCCUCUCUAACUCCAGAAACCAACAGAAACCUGAUGAGUUUAUUUCCUUGGAGGUCUUUUCUUUUCUCCGGUUCUGUCUCUCAACUAUACAGCUAACUUUGUCAACCUUAUUUAGAGCUUUGAUCCGCUUGAAGCGUUUCUUCUUGCUGUCAGCGGUGCUGUAAAGCAGUGUCUCCUGUUCAGACGGUGCCUUUGUGCUUCUGUAAGAACUUGUUCCCUGAUGGUCUGCUCAAACAAAAGGUCUUUUCUGGACUGUAGCCAACACGUCUCAGCAGCUGUUGGCUUGUCACUUGCAUUUUCUACAAACCUGCACCAAUUAUUUCAUGCAUCAGGAGCUGCAAGCUGUGUAAAUGAUAUUGCAGAAUUAGUGUUUCUUGCUCAUAACAGGAAAGACAAAGAAACCUGCUUUUAAUAAGCAAUUGAACACAUUUUUAAGAAGUCACCUUCAAUCAACUAUAAAUACCAGUCUGUUUCAAAGCAAGCCCCGAACUCAUCUCAUUUAUCCAUCCGAGGAACCGAGUAGGUGGAGUUGGUAUGAUAAUAAGGUACUGUGUUGAUUGGCUGGCUGAAGGUUCACUAAGGGGGGAGGUACAGGCAGACGUAGAGGUGGAAAAACCCCAAAAUGUAAAUGGUGAGUGCUCCAGGAGAACAAAAGUGUGUUACUGCAUGUAGUUGGCCUUGGCAGUUGACACAAAUUAUCACCAAUCUCUGGUCCGACAGGCUCAGGAGACCAAAAUGAUAUAUUGCCAUUAUGAUUAAAAAAAGUUUUCCGUAAAGACUGCGAAGUUUCAGGAAAUAUCCACAUAAACACGAAACCUCUGAAAACGAUGUAUUGCAUAUGCCAAGCCAGUAAGUGGCGCUGUAAUGCUGCCCCGGAAAGGCACCAAAAGACAAAAGUAGAGUACAGAGCACGUGCCUUCAAAGAAUUACGCUGUGAGUGUCGUGAUCCUUCAAGAUUCGGAUCCCGACAGGCAUCUACACGGACACAAACAGUAGUCGUUAAGCGAUUUAUGUACUCUGGGACCCACUUUAAAAGGCAUUGUUUACAGUCACCCAAAACGCUGUUUCCAUGUGGACAAGGCCACUGUGAUGGGGCAGUAAAUAGAUCUUUAAAUUGUUUUUACAACCAACAACAGAGUGGUUGGUGUGUCCUGCUUUAACCUUUAACAUCUUGACUCUUCAACUUUGGAGUAAAACCAAAUAUCAAGAAGGAAGCAUUCAUGUUUCAUGAGUGGGCGUUGAAGCUCCACAUUCUCAGGGCUGCUAGGCUAAAGGAUGAGUAAAGUGUACAUUAAUAGGCAAGGAAGUGUGUAUUUCAUUUCAAAGGACCUUUAAACGUGGGUAUGUGAUGUUUACUACUAUCACAUAUGAGUGAUUCAAGUUCUCAGGGUUUGAGUGGAAGCUCUCGGUGGUAGACUUGACUCGUUUUUUUUGCCAUGUACUGCCCUUUCUCCCCUCCUGAGUGCCUCUGUGAUGGUUUUUGUCCCCAUUAAAAGCGCCCUGCAUGUCUCACCAUGUGAAGGCCUUUUAUGCCACAGUCUGUGGGCGGAUUCUUUGAUCUGUCCGGUCUCCUGGGUGGGUUUGGGGAGGAUUCACCGGAACCUGCAGGGAGUUCAGGGGCUGCAAAUAAGACAGUUUUCUGUUUUUAGUGAGGCUUUGGAGCAAAUGCUUUGUUGUGUCUUUGUGUUUUGAAGGUAUGUGCGGAGGUGAUUGUAUUGUCUCCUUUGUUUAUGUGCAGUAUUUUUUGUAGUUUGGUCUAAUGGCCUGCCGCUCCGUUCAGAGACAGAAAGAAAAGGGAACAAUCCAUCUUCAACAUGCAGGGUUAUUACUACAGUUAUCAGACAAAAGGAACAAUAAAAGCGAAGGUGGAAGAAAUGACUUUACAGCCACAAAAUCGUUUCUAUGAAUAAGAUUAGAAAAGGGUUUGCAACAGCUGCAGGAUAUAAGUCUACCUGCAGCUACUUUAAAGCGUAUUCAGACCAAGAAUGAUUGGAUAUUGAGUUGAAGUGGACAAAGCGUCCCUGUGCAGAUAAUCGUGAUGCUUAUUAUGAUCAAAGUUGAGUGGCUGAAGUUUGAAGGGUUUAACUGAGGACCCUUAUUGAGGAAGUCGACUCAGUUUUCAUCCAUGUGCUGGUCUAGCCCCCAUCUGGCUCCCUCUGUGAGGGUGAUUGUCCCAGUAUGAAGCCAGGUCACCAUCAGGACAUGGUUUUACUUUGAUCUGGUCUCAGUGGUCUGUGAGGGAUGGAUUCAAUGGAAGCCAAAAGAUGGUUGGAGACAGUAAACAGAGCACUUACCCACAGUUUGGUUUGGAUGUGCUCAACAAGUGUUUCGCAAUAUUUGGGUUGUCUGUGUGCCAGAAAUGAGUCCGAAUUCCAGCGGUGUCUUUUAAGAAUAAGAUGUACCCAGAACUUAAGUACACAACGAUGCCCUGAAAUGACACAGCUCUAUUUUCCUUUUCUGUACAUAAGAGCUAAGAGCUAAGUGCUAAGAUGAAAACAAUUCAAGACUGCAGAUUUUCUCCUAACGUCUCUGUGAUUCUCACAAAUGACUUUAAAAUGAACAUUUAAGCAUCCGUUUCUAUAAUUGCCACUUGCUCUUGAUUUAAAUGUUCUGAUUUAACUUUCUUACACAGAAAUAUUUCUGCCACACUCAUUUUCAUAUUUGUCUCCUCAGUUUCUUGGACUUGGAUUCGAUAAAUGAACCAUAUCACAAAGCCUCCCCUCAGGACAAUACAGUCAAGUUGUUAAGCCUCAGUAAUAAGACUGCAUGAUAACCACACAUGACAUUAUAUUAUGGUUAGAAAGAGUGUUAAAUGUUACGAGGGUGCCCAUGCUGCUGUUUGUUAAUGCUAGCAUUAUGGCGCAGGUUUGCGAUACUGUCAGUCUGGCAGCUGAUGCAAGUAUCCUGUUUUUCAACACUGUGUACAGACGGACUGUCUUUGGGAAAGUUUUCCCACCUUCAUUGAAAGUCAACGUGAAUCUUUCUGAAGCGGAGACUGUAGAUCUCCGAUACUAUUACUUCCUCGUUGUGAGCUUACUAAUGCUACCAAAGAACCAGUUACAUAAGCUAAAAUUGUUGUGAAUGUUAAAAAGACAAAGUUUGAGUCUCUAUUAUAAGAGUCACGCCAUCAUAGUGUCUGCUCACUCUAGUGUAACUAGUUCUAGUAUCUUUUCUCUGUUGUAGUGCUUUAAGUAGUCGGACCGGUGCAUUCAGCCCAUAUUUCAUGGUUUUAAUUUCCAAAUUGCACAGGAAACAAUUGUUUCAACGGCUAAGCAACUAGAAUAAUGAAGCUGGUAUAAUGUCCAACAAGCAGAGACAGAUGUCUUCUCCAGCAACACACCUGUCUGUCAGUUUAGACAAGCGUUUAGUCUUUAUGUUUCCAACGACAGCCAACAAAACACCGUCUGUCCUUGGCUCUCAAGUACAGCAAGUGAAAAGUGUUUGUUGUGUUUUUGCAAUGUCCCUGCCAGCUCAGCUGUCAAUCAAAGACAUGUACGGAUGUGCCCACUCACUCAGAGGGUUGGAGGCUAAAGAAGCAUUUCUGACGCAGAUUCAAAGACUCAGUUAUAUAUUUCCAAAACAACUAAAUUCAAGCUCCUGAUUGUUUCUUUUUCAUGAAUGCUGGGUUUUCUUUUUUUUCAGUAGCAUACAUCCUCAUGCAGAGAAACAAAAACAAGACCAGUUUUGCAAAGCUUUACUCCAAUUUGCCAUUUUAAAAUUACGAUAUAUUGAGUCCAAAUAAAGUGUGCAUAUGUUAACUCCACAGAUUUGUAACAAACCACAUUUCAUUUUGUGUAUAUUUGGGGUGGACUGGCCCUUUAAUUGAGGAUUUGGUCUUUUUUUUAUCAUUUCAGACCUCAAUCACAGAGUCAGCAGAAAAUGCCACAAUGCCGGAUGGAAAGCACUUAAUCCUCAGUUUUGUAUUGUCUCAAAACAAUAUGUCACAGCGCUGCUAACAGUAAAAAAAAAGACACAAAACCUUAUAGUCGAUAUGAACGCAGCAAUACUUGCACUGAGAUAAGGUCAAAUUCCCAACUGUAGAACCAAUUCGACCACAAGGGCACUCAAGUAUGUCACAGUUUCAGGGACAAAACUGUAAAAUUGGAAAUGACACAGCUAAUAAGGAGCAGAUAAGAAAAUAGAGAGAGGAGACGGAUAGAGUUUGGGUGAGCAGUGUGUCCACUAAAGCUGGGUCAGCACCUGAGCUGAUACUGGCAGGUGAGAUCACCAUGUGUGACAGGUUUCUGACACAGAGGGUAAACAAGUAGACGUGUACACACACAUGCUCAGAUAGCAGGUAUAUACUCUGCUGCCCACACACACAGUUUGGAACAAGCAGGUUUGAUGUAGGGACGAUCUGUUAAGGACGUGUUGCAGUCAAGUCCAGCAGAAACAUUUCAAGCGGACCCAAGAUGUUAAAACAGCCCCCGCAUCUCUAAACAGAUCCACUUCCCCUCCCCCGCUGUGAUACAACAGCAGGGGAAACAGUGGGAAAAGGGGCCAGCUGCAUACAUUAUUGGACAUUUUCUGAUUUCAUAUUUUCUCACUGAGAGGAUUCAGUAUAUGUAAAAGCUUUUCAGGAAAUAAAAGGCGUUUAAUUACAGGUAUUAAAGGUUUGUUGUUGGCUUUUCUCCAGAAAUGAGGAGGAGCACAUUGACUAAGUGUCAUCUAAAAUCAAACCAGAGCUUUACUUAUCUUCAUUUGUUAUGUUUUAAAUCUCUAAUCUACAUUAUAUUGAUUAAGUAUUAUCUUACUAUCUGAAGUGACAUGUGCUUUUAUGAUACUGAGUGCUUUCCAGGUUGAUUAUACUGGAUAGGCAAAACCGAGUGGGGACAAGAGUUGAAAUCAAAAACACAAUAAUAAAAUUACAAGACCUGUAUUGGUUAACAGUUAACAAACUGUGCAAAUCCAGUCAGGUGAGAAGAGAGGGUGAUAUGGUUGAAGUCUCCUGAUAUUAUGACUUGCCUCAGAAUGUUUAGUCUGUUUCCUAGCAACAGUUUCAUGGAGAACAUCACACGGAACUUCAGCCGUUGCCUUGAGUGGGAUGUAUACAAGUAUCGUUACGAUAUGACUAAACUCCCUCCUUCCUCCCUAUCAGGCAAAAGUUAUAAACUCUCAAUUUCAUACUUUUUAUUGGAACUAGACUUACAUGCAUUUUCCAUUUAACAUAAAAUAAACUCAGUGGAGGAGAUAAACCAGUGAGUGACUUAUGGCACAUACCAAUGUCUGGCUGAGUGAGAACAUUUAAGCUGAUGGUGUUUCCAGAUAUUGAAUCUUUUCAUAAUCAUCAUCUUGGCACAACAAGUGUUCAAACUGUAUUUAUAUUGUAGGUCUAACCUCAGCUGUUAGUGGGGUAUUCCUUUGGUGAUGCGUGGUUGUUGCAGGUUGCAGCAACCAUUAAAAUGCCUCUGUGCUCAUCAUGAGUAGGUUUUGAGCCAUCAGUUUUGCUCUGCAAUUAAACUUUUAGCACUGAGAAGGAAGUAACUCAUGCUCAGAAUAGUGUCAUAGUAUUACAUGAAUAGGAGUUAAAGUCUUGAUAUUUUGGGAAUUAAGUCGUAAUUUUAAGAGUUCAAAGUUAGGAGAAAAGUCCUAAUAUUUUAAGAAUAAGGUCAGAAAUUCAGAUACAAAAAAAUACUAAUAAAUUCACAAAAUUAAGCCAUGAAAAAUUCCAUAACAUCACCAGGAUGGAGACAUAAUAUAAGAGGAAUAAAGUCAAAGUGAAGUCAUUAUAUCACAGACGUAAAGUCAGAAUAUGGUAAAAUUAAAAGUGAUAGUUUGUCCUGUGCUCUUUUGUUUUAUACAGUCGUGAAAGUAUGAGGCAUAAAAACUUCUUACUUGAAAUCUUGAUUCAUUUUCAUCCUCCAUGUGGCCCUAAAAUUCAGUCAUACAUUCUGACCUCAUUUACCGUCCUUAAAACUUUCAUUGCCUCAGUGCACAACUUCACUCAAAACGCUAUUUAUUUUCCAGCCAUGCAGAAUGAUUGCUGUUGAGCAAACACUGAUAUAUCAGGGUACAAUGUUCUGUCAACACAACAAGCCCUGUUUGUGUUUCACCUGCACUACAAAGCAGCCUUCCUUGUGACAGGGUUGUUUGUCAAAAAUAGUCUGAUUUGCAUGAAAAUCCCCGACAUUGAGGAAGACGUCAAAUCCCCCUGAAAAGACUGCAGCGGCAAACUAGACCUCACUUUUAAUGCUGACUUUAGAGUUGAAAGCAGAAGCUUCGGGAGGUCACAACUCUGUUUGCUGUUUUUGAUGCAUUACGUUUGUUUAAUCUCCGCUUUUUUAGGCGGGAUUUUUCAGCGGGAGAAACCCAAAGAGUGUAAUCUCUGACAAAGACUCACUGUCAGAGGUGUUUCAAAUAUAUGCAGGUGCAGUGGGUUUGGAGAGUGAUGCAAGUCUAGGGAGUUACUGUUUGCCUCUAAGAAGGGUUUUCAUGCAAAUAACAGUCAGUUUUCAUCUCAUAUUCAUACAUUGUUAAUUACAGUCUGCUCUCUGUAUGGCAUGAUAUUAUCUUUUGUUAUGUUCCAGGGACUUUAUAUAGAGCUAAAUGUGACUUUAAGGGUUUUAAGUGCUAAUUCCUUCAAAAUACGAAGCUAACUUUAUCUAUUUCUGAAAGAAUCCUCCAUAUUUCCUGAUAUGAUCUCUUAUCUUGUUUAGACUUUAUGCUGUGUUGUCAUUUCAAACUCAACCUGCUGCUUUGACACAGUCCUAUAGAUCUAAAUCAAUCAGAGCAAUAAUCGAGUCUACCCAAUAAUAUUUGAUUCAUUCCCUCUAAUAUUACAAAUCAUCUUUUAGACCAACACAUCUUAUAUUUGUUAGAUAUUAGCUUUACUUUGAGGGGGAACUAUAUUGGGCAAAAUGUAUUACUCACAAGCUCUAUUACAACCACAGCUGUCAUUCUCUGCACGUGAUUAUAAGCAGCUGCCUCGCUGCACAAAUCAUGCUAUGAUAUAUAGAUGCACAGUGAUGCAGACAAUUUCACCACAAUAGAGGGUGCAUACAUAACCUCACAAUUCAGUUACUGUACGCUGAGCUUAAUAUCUGUAUGGGUAGCAUGCAAGAGUGCAAACUGUACUUAGUUUAAGAAACAAAUGGUACAAGAAAAAGCCACUUUAAUGCUACAAGAAUUGUUCCUCUUUCUCAGAGAGACCCCAAAAACAGAUCCAAUCUGGCUUUUCAUUUAAGUUCAUACGAAUAAAGUAACCUGAACCAGAACCCUAACCUUCAACCUUAACCUUUGCGUCAACAAACAUGUUUUCAUUGAAGAAUUAUGGAGGCAGAGUGUAAUGUAGAUUUUGAACGAGGCUGAAAUGAUUCAAGAAGAUAGAAGAAAAAAUGUUAGAAAAGGAAAACGUGCCUUUUAAGUCAGCUAUUGUUCAUACAACAUUGAAUGCUGUGGCCACUAAAGCAUGUCACAUCCAAAUAUAUCAAACCCUGCUUUCAUGUAGUGUGUAGUAAAAGAGACGGAGAGUGUGGUGUGGUGUGUUGUGGUCAAGGAUAGAGGGAAGAGUUGAGUGACAUGGUAAAGUGGAUAAUUCUGAGGGUCAAAGAGAGAUGAUGAGAGGUCACGAGUCGUUUCGAGCCGUGACCGUGGGGGUGAACGUUCAAGGUGAAGGGAACUUUGUACAAUCUUCUCUGCCUGGUUCCUCUCAUACAAAAGCGAGAAUAUGAGGUGGAAAAAACAGAGAAUACUUGUAUACACUGUGGCUUUUCAUGUGUCAGAAAACACUGAUAUCCAGUUAAUACUUGGUAUUAAGAGCAUCUUGAACCGGAACCAUGUUGUCUCUGCUCUCUACUCCAUGUCUCUGAACUGAUCCUAAUUCAUCCUCAGCAAACACUGAGUGUCUGGUUGCCAUGACAGCAGCUCUCCCCGAUGCUGGAUGAAGCCAUGUUUUCAUAGAUGUAACUAAUUUCACUCUGGCCCGCUGCGGGAUCAUUAGAACAACAGAACAGCAGAUCCAAACUCCGCUUUGGUAUUUCCACUAAAGGUCAGCGCACUCACGAUAUGUGUUACGAGAGGAGGCAGACCAAAUGUGAAGCUGUGUGUGAUGUAUGGUUUGGACUUUGCAGAAUCAAUAUGAAGACUUCUAUAAUGUGCAGAGAGGGAUGGAUGGAAGUGGCAGAGCAAAAUAACACAACAGGGCUCAGGAGGAGGAGGAGGGAGCACCAAGAAGGAAAACUAAAACUUUGUAGAAGACAGAAAUAGAGAGAGUGUGCAAUAUAAGUGACAAAUGUUUGGUUUAUUUAGAGUCUUUUUGGACUAAAUGUUACUUAAUCAAACUCAGAGAAAACUCAUUGAAUGAUAUAAUUAUAUUUUUAGAGAAAUAGAGAUUUUGUGCCAUCAAGUUCGAGCAUUGCAAGGCUCCACAGUAAUAACACAUUUGCUGUGAUAUUCAUUAUAUUUCAAAGGAAAUGUUAAAUCCAAACUUGAAUAUAAUAUAAUUCACUCUCUUUUUGUUGUGGUUCAAGAGUUGAAGAGAUUAAAGCAAACUACAAAUACAAAUGGAUCUCUAUUUAUUGGUUAAGCUGGUCAGACACAUGAUAUAUCCCUGAUGCAAACACCUCCUCUUUAUGGCGUACACAAACUCAAACCUGUUCUUUACUGGCAAAGUAAAAGUCCCAACACCAUCGCUCUUGCCUGCUAGAACACAAGUCCUUGAUAUUUCUGUAGCUGGAGGCCUGGCAUGCUGGUCAUGUGUUCAAUCUAAGUUCUAGCAAGGCCACAUGCCACCAGCCAGAACAACUGCUCCAGCUCCAGGUGAAUGUCAUAUAGCUUUAAUGCUCCACUAGGGCUGGGUGAUAAACCGAAAAUUUACAGAUACCAAAGUUUACGACAAUAACUGACGUAAUUUGGCCGAUGUCAAUAUCUUCGUUGUCAAAAAAGUAAAUAAAAAAAAGGUUGGUUUUACAUGACCCUACCCUAUCCGGUCCGUAACAAAGAGGGGGUAAGCAGUUUGUUGAGUAGUUAUCAUCCAUUUAUUGUUAUUGAGGUGAUUCAGUUGAGGCCAUAUCGCCCAGCCCUAUACUCCCCUAUAUGGAUAUAGACAAGCACAGAUGGCUGAUAUCAUCUUAUAGUGUGGAGUGGUUUGAGAUAAAGAUGCAUCUAGGCUUUGUCUGGUUAACUCUACCUCAGUCAUGCAUAGUCAGCACAGGUAUGGACGAUACCCUAUAAAGGUAGACUAUUGGUGGUGCUAGCUCUGCUAUUGUUAGCCAAGCUCAGGAAAGCAAUUUUGAAAAUAUGUUGAAUUUUGACAGAUUUCUGAAGGUUUUCCCACCCUUAGGCUUGAAUUUAGGGACUAAGCACUUAGUCGCGCAGCAACAUUCCUACUAUCUACUAUGAAAUUGAGACCCCCCUGAAACAGAUGGGCGAGUUUCUGAUGUAGAAAUCUUCUCCUUUGGGUGUGAUAAACCAGGAAAUAGUGGUGCUAACUUGCCUUUGAAUGAUCUAAACACGCCAUUUAAACCUUUUUGUGGCUUUUUAAACACUUUUUUGGUUUCAAACAGGGGCUUUGAACGGUUGUGAAGCAGUUACUGACGUUGCUGUGUAUUAGUAGAACUGCUCUUGAUGUAAUUAAUAUUAUUGAUUUGAAAUUCACAGGAGGACUGCUGCAAGUGUCGUACACAGUUAAAGGGUUGUGGGUGAGCGAGCAAACUUGGUCAAUUACUGGCACAGACAGGCUUUUCUGUCAGCUCUGCUCUUUCUUUAAGACUCACCAAGAAUUGUGUACACCGUGAGAAAAGACGGAGUUGAAAUAACACUUGGAGUAUGGGGGUGGCCAUACAAUGAUCGCACGCUCAGCCUUUAGUAUCAGAUUCUGUUCUUGUGAAACCUCCAUCCUGCAUCCAAAGCCAUCAGAACGCCUUCAGGAAACAGGUCAGUGAACAAAAGGAGAGAGAGAAGGAGAAAGAGAGACACAGAGAACUAGGGUGGGUGAUGGGAGGAGGAGUGGGAGGAAGAGGAGGAAGAGGAGGAGGAGGGGGUCAGAAGUUGAUAAGAACUGAGCUGCACUGUUCUUUUAGAAACCAGCUGCCGGAAGAGCUGCUCAAAGGCGGACAAAAACACUUCCCAGAGUGCCUCACUGGCCCACAGUGACACCUCCCAGAAGUCUUCUCUAUCUGCCUCUCCAGAGCGAGGCUGAGAGCUGUUACCAAGGCAACGCCAAUCUCAUAUACCUUUCUUACCAACAGAAAAACUACAUGUUAUGGUCUCCGGAUUCAAGUUUUAUCAUCUCGCUUAUAUGACUUCCAUAAAAACCUCUCUUAAACCAACAUGUUUUGAUUGAUGGAGAUUUCUAAAGAAAGGUGGAGCAGCAAUAUUCUGGAAUUCAGACUUUUUCUCACUCACUUUGAAACCUCAUUUUCAGCCUCUACGCUGCAUAAAAUGAUGUUUUAAACUAUGAAUAUUUCCUGCAGUGUAGAAAAGGGAACAUGGCCGAAGUGUGUUACCCUGGCAACAGUCUACAGAGGCAAUGAAAGCGGAUCAGCGGCUGCAGACAAACCUCUUACAAGUUAUAAAACACCGCCUUUCCUUUGUGUCUUUCACAGCGUAUCGAUAAAUAUUGUGUUUCCUGAAGUGUUAGCGCAGGUUUGAGCCUGAUCGGGUCUUUUAAAACCUGUUAACCUACAGAAAUCCUUUGGGAAAAGUGUGAAUAAGAAUCCAGCUGAAGGCUAAACAUCAGUUUAAUUGAGAUGAGGAAAGAAGAUGAAAGUCUCUAAAUUGUUCUCAUGUCGGAGCCGCGAGUGAGAAACGUCUCUGUCCGUUUUCUCUUACAGAGGUGUGAUGAUAAGAGAGCAAAUACCGAAAAGGAAAGAGUCUGCAAUGAAAAGACAGUUAAGGAAGACAUCCAUGAUUAGAUUAAGGAGCCUUUGUGAGCUGUCCUUGAUUUACCUCCAGCAGAGCAGGAUAGAGCAGACCAGCAGGAGAAUUCUGAGAGGUCUUUGGAUGGAGGUGAAUACACCCAGGAGAGCUAAGACAUGAUGUUCUUGAAAUGUUUGAAAAGCAGGACAGGCCGGAGCUGUUUGAGGAGCAGAGGUGAAAUGAAAUCGAAAAGAGCACCAGCUAUUUUUCUGCACCACAAAAGGAAGGAGGACCAAAUGGCCUCUGAAAGGACGCCUUAAAAUGGCCUGUUAUGGCUUUUUCAUUCUAGAGGUGGCCGAGAUAGCAAAGCAACACAUUCUCCUUACUUGAUGUUUUCUCCCCUAAAAUACACGUAAUGGUCAGAUUUUACGAGACACUCUUGAUGGCACUACAUCACUCUUAUUCCGGUAAAGAGGAGUUUGAUUUGUGUUGAUUUUGACGCCCCCUACGAUCUCUCUGCUGACCUUGACAGACAAUCUCUUCCUGCUCAUUUUGACAGCGAUCACAUGAAAUAAGGCUGUUUCUUUAGCAUACUGUCAAUCAUUCAGCCAAGCUGCUGUUACAAGCUUUAAAAAAACUGUUUCACAACUAGUUAAAUUUCUUCACAGUGGCUGUAACAGGAAGAGCGCGCACCUCCCCUCUCUGUUUCACUAGCAUCCAUUUUCUUCACUUUUUCCAACCUGUUGCAGCUGCGCAUAAAUCCCUAUGUCUCUUGUAUGAUUUUUUGGAAAGCACUCACAAACCUCAUAUUCACGCUGUAAUUUUGCAGACGUACAAGGUCAGAACGGAGCUGUGCGGGAACUAUAUCAUGAACGUUGGCGUUAAGCUGCCUGCCAGCUGGUGACAGAUCAGUUUUACAUAAAAUCCUCAGAGUCCAGAGGCCGUUCGUUUCUCUGUGGUGAGAACAGGCGUGUCGGAGGGGGUGAGAUAUCUAACAGGCAGCUCUGUUGGCUGUGACUGUGCUGCAGAUGAUCAUCACCAGCACGGUGACGUGGUCUCUAUGAGUGUGAGAGAGAGAGUGUGUGUGAGCAUGUAUGAGUGAGCGUUACACUGAUUCAUCACUUUGUUUCUGCUGGUGUCGGGGUGAAUGUCCUUAAGUGUUAUCCUCAGCUGGUUUUAUAUAUGAGUAUUUCAGUCGUGCUUCUAUUCUGUAAAGUGAAGUUUUUUAGGUGUUUUUUUUUUUUAGCAUAGUCAUAUAUGGCUGUCCUGAUACGAUAUUGAUUUCAGAUAUCGGUCCAAUAUCAGCCAAAAAACAAAUAUGGGAUUAUAUCGACCUGCAUCUAAAAUCUCCGAUAUCAGCACUCUGCUACAAGCAGUCCAUUACAGACUCCACUCCGGCUCUUCCAGCUAGCAGCUCCCGGAUCCAGCAUACAGAGCCCAUGUGAUCACAACAACAGUGCGUACUAAAGUACAAACAAAGUAGCAAAGAGUGGGAGUGAUGUCGGCCGUGUGGCAGUAUUUUUCGUUAAAGUCUGAAAAGGACGAAAAAACUUGUCAUGCACAGGUUUGGGCCAAUAUUGGUAUUGGCCGAUACUGAAGGCUACAUUAUCGGUAUUGUAUCGGAACUAACAAAGUUGUAUCGGGACACCACUAUAGUCAUACAUGGCGUAAACAUCGCUAACAUAAGAAUGCUAUCGUGAUUAUAUUAUGAUCAAACUUUGGUGUUUACAUCUGUAAACUGGUCUAAGCGCAUUUGCAGGAAUAAAAAGUGUUGAUUUCACGCCAAACUUUCCCUCAUCCUCUCAUUAAGUUUGACUCUGAUGGAAACCUCGUUAGGUAUCGGCUGAAAUUGGGUGUUUGUUAUUAGUUGUUAAUAUAUGCAGGCCUCAUCUUUGAUCAGUGACGGAGCAGUGAUGUAAACAGUGGUUGGAGAUGCCUUCAGUGGCACGCCGGUGAAAACGAGGUCAGCUAAUUGGGACGACUAAAUAUAAUUCAGAGGGUGCACCUUCUCCUCUGAAGGUGAUACUGAGUGCCAGAGUCACUGCUGCGAUAAAUUUAACGCCGGCUGAUAAUGAGGUGAUUAGGACCUUCUGAUGACCACAGAGGGUCGAGUGAAGGCUAAUAAACCUCUGAUACAGCGUCUGAUGAAACAACGUGUGAAGUUUUCACACACAAAAAAGUGUCUGCAUCAGUCGAUCCAAACUUUACACCGUGCAAACUUUAAUAAUCCACUAUUUCCUAUUAAAUGCUGCAGGGUCUGAGCAUAUUCAGCUCUAACUACAGAUUCAAAGAAACUUCAGUCAAUAAAAAGUUUUACUUUGAGUCCAAAUUUAAAGGCACAAAGACAGCAAAUGUUUUUCCUCUGUCUGGGUGAACAUUGUUUACGUUUUUCAGUCCUCUUGCAAAAGUUGGUCUACUUUUGACUCUACUGGUUCAUAGAUGUAGCUUUUGGGGACUUUUAUGCCUUUAUUGAAAGAGGAUGGGGGGAUAAAGCGGGAAACAGGGAAGAGAGAGAGGGUGAUGACAUACAGCAAAGCGCCGUGGGACUGCAGCCUCUACACAUAGAGCAUGCAAUUUCACCCGUAAGCCAAACCAGAAGCCAAAAAUGCAACAAUUUAAAACCCUGAGGAGGAGCUCUGAGCCCUGCCAGCUCAUCCAGACACACAUGUUGUCUACAAUGACCUACACACUAUUGUCUUUAACUACAAUGUUGGGAUUACAAGUCCCUGAAGUCGACAGCGAGUUUAUCUCAUUUAAACAUUCCCAGAUUAAGUAAAAACUCAGUUUUUUUUCUUCUAUUUUAUCUUUUCAGAGCAGCUAAAUGACGAAGCACUACUCGGUCCAUACCACAGCUUACGGACCCGGCAGUCAGCAAUAAUAAGAUUUGUUUCAACAUUUUGCUCAUGGCGCCUAAUUAGAGUAACCUCAUCAACACUGGAGAAAGAUUUUCCCAGUCGCCUGUUAUUCUUUCUUUCUUUCUGUGUUUGUGGGGACAUUUCUGAGAGAAAAUACUCCCUGGUUUCAUUCAGGAGCAGUCAGAUGUGACAGAAGCUUAAUGGCUUUUUCCCCAGUCCUCACUCUUUCUGAAAGUUCCUCUUCCUAGCUGCCUUUUCUACUUUAAUUAAAAUUUCUAACACUCAUAGACGCCCCAGUCAAAUUCUCUCUCGGUCUUCAUUGUUUGAGUAAUUUUUCAGAAAGAAAAUAAAAAAGAACUCCUGCAUGGAGGAAAAGACACGUGUGAUGUAUUGCUCCUGGAUGUGAUUUAACAUGCUUAGUAACAUGUUGUCAUGCUGUCUCGCUCCGCCUGCAGCACAGUCAUGGCGAUAUUCAGCUCAGAGCGGUUUUAAUCCCGAGCAAACUCAGCAAACUCACCAGACAGAGAAAGAGAGCAAGAGAGAGUCAGCAAAGGAAGACUUAGAAACAUGACAAUGGGUUUACUUGACACAAAGACAGAAGGAAACUCUACAGCUCUAUUAGCUUCAGAGGAUGGCAUGCAGUGAGGAGGGGAGCUAUUUUCACAUUCUUCUGUGAUUCUCUGAUCAGAAAGGACGCUUCGUUUCUUCAAGGAAAUGAAAAUGAGCUUUGUCAGGCACAGAUGGUUUUAUAGCCAAACAGCCCCAUGAAAAUAUGACGUAAACCUACAAAGAAGAGACUUUGAUUUCACCAGCUUGGGCACAUCAUUCUUAGGUUUCUUUUACACAUGCACAAUUUAUAAAAACUUUGAGUUGUUCUGCCUCCAAAAUCCCCCAAAGCGGCUCCUCUAUAAAAGUCCCUCACAGUGUGAAAUCCAUGGAGGUAGACAAUGUUUGAGACACCGCAGGACACGACUGAAAAAGCAUCAGUGCGGCAUUUACAACAUGGUGAGGGAUGAAGCGACUGAGACUUUGCGACUUUGUGCAAAUACACAGGCGUGCACUCAUCCUUCUUGUUCUCCUCUUGUGAAUAGUUGUCCUUGCACAACCUUUGUAAUAAUCAUGUUGUGUGUUGCACCAGUUCUGGGCUAUAAACAUCAUUACUCUGCCCACUUGUUUGCUGUUUAUGGUCCUGAUUAUUCCCUUUCUUACACCUGCUCACUCCCACCUUCAUAUGAAAGUUGAAACAAGGGGGCUGACAGGAAAGAUUCUGGGUCAAACUGGCUGUUUUAUGGUCACAUAUGCAGCUUUACUUGAAAAUUUUAGGUCGUUUUUAGAGUUUUUGCAAAGGGAUGCAGGCAGGAAAUAUCAGACAAAUGAGGACCCUCCCAUGAUAUGCAAUGAUUGUAUUGUUGCAGCAAUAACCUGUCCAGACAAGGUACUGUAAAAACAUUUCCAUUGCUAACUGAAUAUCAAACUGCAAAUAAACCAAAACGAAACAAAAAAGUUUGCAUUCCUCUUAACACAGCAGAAUACCAGAAUGAAAAUCAACAUGUAUAUGGGGGAAUAACCCUAAUUUUAAACUGCAGUUGUGUUAUGCUCGCCAUGCUGUGAGGAAAACCUUGUGCACCAAAAUCGCAGCAGCUUUGUUUUUCUUGAUAGCUUGUCAGGUGGCCGUCAAAUCAUCCUGCAACUCAUUUACUGGUUGAGCAGCUCUGCCUCGUCUUAUUUUUCAUAGUUAAAGGUCCUAUAAAGAGUUUUUUGACAUUAUGAAACAGACUGAACUUCAUAUUGUCAUCUUUUCAUGAUAUCCAAAAGCAAACAGGAACAUCAUUGACAAGAUUUACCUGAUACUCCUGCAUGAUUGUUGACAUUUUAGACAUACUUAAGUGGGGCUGCAAAUAAUGACUUUUUCAAUAGUCGACUUAUCAGAUCAUUAUGAAUUUUUUCUUAAAUCUAACAUGAGGUUGCUAACUCUUGAAUACACUACUGCUUGGCGGAGACACUAUUGCACAUGUGUGACUCUAGGCAGAGAUCGUAACGAGGUAAGAUGCCUCACUCCACUGGAAAAAACAUGUCUGGAGACAAUGGAAUUCAUUGUCGACUUUUUUCAUUAUCGACUUUUGUUGACAACGUUGACUAAUCGUUGCACGCCUGUACUGAGGGCAAAUCCUCAACCCUAAAAGUAGAUGAGAAUAAAACAUUGAAUGCUGAGUCAUUGUUCCGUCCCGUUUUUCCAUCCAGUCAGCAGUUACCAAUCAUAGAGUGUGCCAUGAUAUACUCCUCCCUCUGAAGAAUUCUCCUCCUCUCCACCUAAUUGUACAGAAUAAUUUCCCAGUUAGACUGUGACAGCUAACAGACGGCGGACACUUUGGGUUCUAUUAACUCCAAUGAGACAAAAGUGAAAUGAGAUUAGUGAGCUCUGAUCUCUCUGUGACCACGGCUCCAGCCGCCGUCGCCUGCUUAAGUGAUUAGAAAUGGUGCUUCAGACUGACAGAGGUGGUCAGGCUGCUGUCAAAGCUUUGUCCCGGAUGACUGUGAUGUACAUUAUUGGAGCUAACUGGACAGAUCCUUAAGAUUUUGGAAGCACAUCAAUACUGGCGGUGGAUGAAAGCUGGCCUUGCCCCUGCAUAUUUUGGCCCCUUUUUUUUUUGUUGAGCUCUGCAUGUUUUUGGACUCUGAGGGGGGAAAAGGGCAGCGUGGGAUGAAGAAGCCCCCAGGAUGAAGCUUUUGAUUCUGGAGUUCAAAAACCCCAGGAAAAGAUGAAAAUUGAUCGAUGGAGUGAAUAAGUAACUCUCUCAGCUUUAAAAAAAAACAAAAAAAAAAACACUUGGUUCACUGGAGUAGAGAAGUCGGCCCACUUACAGAGGGAUGGUUGAUUUAGUAAAGUAGCAGCCGAGUAUGGAUUAAACAAUUACCUCUGAUUAUUUUUCAUUAAAGUGAAGUCAACUUAGCCCCCAAACUAUGCGUCUGCUUGGUCUGACUGCCCACUCUCUGCAGUUAUGGGAGUGAGCUCUGUCCACUGUAACUUUGCUGUUAAAAAGACAAAAUAUAAAAUAUAAAAUACUAAAUAACAAAGUUUAAAGGUGGGGUAGGCAGGAUCUGAGGAAGUACCAGUUUUUAGGAGAAAUCUUGAAUGUAAACUCUACCUCUCCCAACCAGUUUUCCCCCCAGCUCCUCCUCUCCCCUCUGUCUCUGCUCCAGCAAACCAACAGACCCUUGUGCUUGCUCAUAUGAUUCCAAUUAAAUUAGAUAUAAAAUACUUUAGAUAAAUACAAAAGGGACCCAGUCAACAUGAGAGUGAAAAGCAUUGGUGCUACUGUAGAUGCCAACAGACUACCAGCAAACACAAUGUUUGCAGGACUUCUACAACUAGGAUAAAGUGACAUAGUCCAGAACCCGAGGUAAACAGUUUAGCGGCGCUACAACAUGCAGCAGGUCCAUGUUUGAUAAGAAACACUUCUGUUACAGACACUUGGUUUACGUUGUUAAGGCGGUUUACCUGUCCAGCAGAAAGGUUACAGGGCCCGUAAGAUCCCAAAACAUUGUUUUAUGUUGAUCCGGCUUUUUAGCUCUUGUCCGGUCUACCUCCUUUUUAAGCGCCCGAUAUUCCGCCAGAGUCGCCGAUAUUUACUUUGUUUUCCUGCUUGUGUUGGCAGUCGUGGCUAAAGGAGGAUUCAGAGCUAUUCACACUUUCUGGUUGGUUUUUACUGUCCGAUAUUGUAGCACGCUAACUUUUGUUUGGGCUCAUAAACGUCAUUCGUGGAGCGUGCCUCACAACAUGAGGGAGCAGUAUCUGCCUCACAACCAAUCAGCACUAAGGAGCAGCGUCCGCCUCGCAACCAAUCAGGUCAGGGAGGCGGAGAAUGGCUUUGUGUACCGUCAGAUUUAUCGGGACACUCAAAAAUUUUUAAAUGUUGAUUACACAGACAUAACAAAACACAGCGAUAUCGUUAUAUUCCCAAAUGUCAUCAAUAACUAAUAGCUAUUGACUGAUAUUAAAAGCUUUUUUGUUUAUACAUAACAAAAAAAAAUAUGCUUUUUUAACAAAUUUCUGCCUACCCCACCUUUAAUCUUAGUGAUCUACUCAGAGGGAGACACACAGGCUGACACAGAAUCUCUUCUUUCAUACUGAAGGUUAAAGCAGAGUCCGCCCAGGCCUUUGGGGUGCUCUACUUCAGCUGACACAAUGUACCAUCGUCUGUGCAGAAAAUAAAUUGGACUUUUAAAUCAGGAACCGAGUGUGCCCCAAAUAACUCCUCCAACUUCACGACUCUUUUGGAGAACAGAGGAAUUUUGUUUAAUCUAAGUUCGCACGGACCAAGCAGUCCUGUCUUUUUCAGCAGGGACAAAAAUUUGAGACGAAGACCGAAAGCUGCAGCCUGCCUGAUUCAUUCACCAGAGAAAAAACUUUAAUGAGCUGCUGGUAAUUUGGACCCAAACUUCACUAAUGAAGCUGCUCUGUGCUUAACCGUACAAGAAAGUAGCUGUAAAGAGCACUCAGUGUGUGUGAAACAUUAAAGCAGGAAUGAAUAAAUCGUUCCCAAAAAGCCUCUCCCAACAUAGACGUUGAAGAGCAGAGCCGCCGUGUGAAUCUGGUGAUGGCGUUCCCUCUUUUCCGCGCAUCACAGAGCACGGCAGUGACUCUUUCUGCUCUCAGCAUGCAAACAUUUCAUCAAUGACAGCUGCCACAGUCAGUGCAGAAGUGGCAGGAUGCCUACAGCACUUAAACCAAGCUGGCUAAUAUCUGAUGUAUGGACCGCAGCUCCCUUUGUCAGCAAGAAAUCCCAGUUAUACCGCAGAAAAGGAAAUGACUCAUUAGUUAAAUUACAUUGGAGGACAUGCGAGUCCGAGUCAAUAAGCCUGAUUAACUCACAUUUGAUCGAUACACAUUUACAAGCGACAUGCCAAUCUGCUGACAAUGUUUGAGAAACGGCCUGCAAACUCAGGAUUACUGAGACGCUUGUGUUUACCUCCGGUGCACAAUGCCCUUUCUCUGCCCCGUGCAUAAUGAAUACAAGAGGCCAGCGAAGGUACGUUAUUGUAUGUACCUGAGCAUGAAUUAUUGAACAAAAGGGCUUCUGCAGAGUCAACAACAUGUGGAUGAAAUACGAAUAAUUUAAUGCUUUUUACUCAGUCAUCAAAAAUGUCUGGAUCCUGCCAAGGCUGUUGUUUAAGUUUGAGGCAUGAAGGGGAUGUUUUACGGGAAACACACAGAAAGUCUGUUUUUACUUCUCACUCGUUCAAUAAGGCAGCUUGUGUAUCAAACGAACAUAUUCAAACAUACACCAGUAAGACACCCUUUGGCAUUAACCAUCAUUCGCACCGUUCGUUUUGACACAAACGGAGAAUUCGCCCCUGAAAACGAUGCUUUUAAAAAUUCCGGCUAGAGUGGAGAUUUUGGAGAUUUUGAUGGCACCUAUAUACACGGGUUAGUGUAAAUGAAACUUUUCUGAAAACGUAGUGGUGUGUAUGCAGUUUUUUUUUUCCUUUUUUUGUAAACAGAGAGGGUUAAAUGUCCGUUUAUGAAAAUAGCCAGGCAUAAAUGUAGUCUAAGUGUCCUCUUAGUUUUUUGGGUUGGGGGUUAGAUUUGUGUAAAUAAUAGGAUUAGGUUUGCGUGGUUAAAGGCGAUGUUUUCCCAGAAAAUGGAGGUUUGACUUCUAUGAAACAGGCAAGUCCAACUUCUUGUAAGAGAUCGAUAUUUUGACAAGUUCAGUCUUACCAGCUCUACAAAGUGUUAAUUACAUGAAUUACAGCAAAUUUUCAACAACUUUUAAUGCUUUAACAUGGUCAUAAUAGUGAGCUAAACACUUGUGCAAGCAAUGUGCCAGUAUAAAAUAUCGAGAGAUUAAUCUUAUGGUGUUUUGUUGCUUUAUUAGGUCAUAACAGUGCUUUUAAAGAAAACAGCAGUAUACUGUCAGGAAACUGGCUGCAGAUUACUCCUGCUGUAUAUCCCACAAAAUUUGUGCUACUGACACGAAUGGCAGGGUGUCGAUAAAAUAAAGUCCUAUACAGAGCUACACACCAGCAUUGGAAUUACACAUUGCUGAACACAAUGAAAAGUCUUUACAGAGAAAGACGGUUUUAACCCUUUCCUUCCCUCUGGUGAAGUGAGACUUGUACUCUUGAUUUUACAGAGCAAGCCUUAAGUUAAGAAAAUAUGAGACUGUACAUCUGAUUUAUUAUUAUUCUUAUUAUUAUUAUUAUUAUUAUCGUAAUUUAAUAUUAAGUCACUAAAGGAGGUGUUUGCAUCUCAUCUUGUAGGUGCACAGGAUACAAAUCUGUAGCUUCAAAAAUAGUAAAUCUUGCACGCCUGGCUUAACUCUACCAUUCAUCAGCGGUUUAAUGGUAUCAGAGUUUAAAACCAAACUCAAUCAGUUUGCUUACAAAUAAUUUUUUCUAUCGAUGUAAAAAAAAAAAAAAAAAAAAAUGUUUUUUUCUGCAUCACAAGCCCCAUGAUGGUCACUUGGAAAACAACAUUUUAUGUGGUCCUACUAGCUUAGCAGUCUGUGCGUGUGCCUCCUAUCAUCAAAGGGCACCAGUACUAAUAGGACAGCACUGUUUUUAAAGCUGUCUAGCUUUAUUAAGGGUUUCCUGGGUGUCUGAGAUAGUAGAAGUGUCCUGGUUUGGGUGCAUGUUGACAGUCCAAGAUCAUGUGAUGCCACCUUACACGGUCUUAGCCUUGACAAUAUUUGUUGACAUGCUUUUAUUGGACUUCCCAUUAUCAUCAUUUCACAUGAAUUAUUGAAGCAAUGGGAGAAAAAAAAUGGAGUUGAGUAGUUGGAAUGCUGUUCAGUUGAGCAGGCUGAGAUACUAAAGAUGGGAUUGUCUUCACAUUAAAGUAGCUGAUGCUUUCGCGGUGUGCUGGGGGCUCUCUGGGAUGGUUUUCUGCCUGAGCAGGAAUCAAACACAUGAUAACACUAUUACAGCUUGUCAUGGUACAGCACACAUGGAUAUCCCAUAUAAAGAAUUCAUGUGCAGUUUUGGUGAAUAGUUGACUCUUAUUUAACGUAGCGUAUUCCCGGUGUAUCAAAAAGUCAUAAGGCCGCUCAUUAAAGUUUAAUACAGUGACGGGCGUACAGUGGAUCUAUCACCGUUGAACGUCAAGCACUCCCCUGGCAGAGCUCACAGAAAGCUAUCCAUUCAUCAAGCCAAAGAGAAAGUGGAGGAGACGUCCCUUAAUGGUUGUGUGCAGCUCUAACGUGCACUCAAAGAUUGAAAUAAAGGUACAUAAACACUGUCAGGAGUUACAGCAAAGAGCUGUGGAGGUAUCACACGGAAAUGUCAGGAGAGAGCGUUUCAAAACGGAAAAAACUGUGAUUAUUCUGACAAAAUAGUCCCUGUUAUACAACUACAGAUCCUCCACACUCCUUUAACAAGCCUCUUUCUUCUGCUUCAGUCUGUUCACAGUUCUCCAGAGGAGUCUACGCCAUUUUCGGAUUCUACGACAAGAAGUCGGUGAACACCAUCACGUCGUUCUGCGGGACGCUCCAUGUGUCUUUCAUAACACCCAGCUUCCCUCUGGACGGGAAUCAGCAGUUUAUCAUCCAGAUGAGACCUGAUAUCAAGGGGCCUCUGCUCAGCCUCAUCGAGUACUACAAGUGGGACAAGUUUGCCUACCUGUACGACAGCGACAGAGGUAAAUCUGAGACGUAUUUCUCUUCAUGUUUUAAAGCCUCUCUCCAUAUCUGAGUCUCUGCUGAUGCUGGCUUUAUCAAAUCACCAUAAAAUAACAGCAGCUGUUGUCACCUUUUGAUGUGCCUCCACUGGAAAUAGGAUUGGGGAAAGCAUGACAGAAUCUAAUGAAGAAUAUAUGAGGCUAUGGCUGCAUAUUAAACACUGCCAAUUAUUCCUGAUUUGAUUAAAAUAGCUGUUUGUGUUUUUUUUCUAAUGCAAUCAAAGAUCAUUCUCCAGACAGGAUAAAUGCCUGAUAUAUGCAAAACACACCACAUGCUCGCACACCAGCUCAGGUAAUUUUAGGUAAAGGGCAUUUUGGUUCAUGACAAACAGCUUGUCACAUUAAUGCAACCACAGCACCUCCAGUGUUUAAGAGAGUGUUUCAUGUAAUAUGAAGGGGAGGGGACACACUCAGAGCCGUAUGUGACAUAAAGAAGACAUGAUGUGCCUUGCAGAUGUGGACUUUAGCACUUGACGCUCAUAGAAGAAUUUGUUUGCAUAAUGACACAGCUCUGCAAGUAGUUUCUUAAAGGGAUAUUUCGGUGUAAAAUUAAUUUAGGGUCAAACACACUGUAACACCGAGUUAGACACCCCCUCCAGAGAUGAAUGUUGCCGACUGCCUGCUUCUCUAGUUAUACCAACUUUAGUAACGACCGCAGGAUAGCAAUACACAGCAGUCUAAGGAGCCAUAAGCAAACCUCAACCAAAACACCACUUUAUAGCCACAAAUAAUGCUCAGAACAGCACCUAACUUCAUCCACAGCACAUAUAGGGUCCCAGCUAUAACACUAGCCACCAAACAUCUUUUUAACUUUGCCUAUUUUCUUUAGCAAAGAGACUAAACAUAACUCACCUACUCUCUUCCAGCAGCCGCUUGUUUGUAGCGAGACCCCGGGCCAGUCCAUUACGGACUGCUGCGGGGUGACGCAGCUCAAGGAAGAACAUUUAUGAUCAUUUAUGUAGUGAGACCUCGCCUGGGUCGAUAAUGAACUAGCAUGAGGUCUCACUACAAACAAGUGGCUGCUGGAAGAGAGUAGGUGAGUCAUAUUUAGUCUCUUUUCUCAAGAAAUUAGGCAAAGCUAAAAAGAUGUUUGGUGGCUAGGACUAUGGCUGGGACCCUAUAUGUACUGUUGGUGCUGUUCUGAGCAUUAUUUGUGGCUUUUUGGUUUAGGUUUGUUUAUGGCUCCUCAGACCGCUGUAUAUUUUUAUCCUGCGGUUGUAAGUAAAGUUGGUAUAACUAGAGAAGCAAGUGGUCUGCAACAUUUAUCUCUCGAGGGGAUGUCUAACUUUGUGUUACAGUGUGUUUGACCCUCAAUUAAUUUUACACUGAAGUAUCCCUUUAACUUUACAGCUGGAAGUGCACGCCUGCUACUUCACCAGGCUGCCUUCUGAGACAUUUUCAUCAUGUUACUGUAUGUUGUGGUCAGCGGUUAUUGUUUUAUGGAGACGAGAUCAAAGAUAUAGAUCAGGCUUUUACUUGGAAAAUCUUUCUGGAACUGUAUUUUAUAUUUCAUGUGUGAAAAGUCAGACACAAAUAUUCUUAAUCAGGGUCGAUAACAUGUCGAUUUAGGCUGCAGAGAUGCACACAGCUUUCGGUAAAAAUAGACCAGACUUCUAUUCUCUGAAAUCUCACCAGCAGUCUGAAAGCUCAGACUUGUUCACACGCCAAAAUUAACACCAAGCCUUUGCUGCAUGUGCGAAGCAUGAAUGAGCCUCGCCUCUGGUGGGAACAGACAAGCAGAGCAGAGCUGACAUUGUUCGGCGCAGGGAAACUCAUUGACGCGCACGCCGCUGACAUAAAACGAGUGAAUUACGUAAAAUUCCAUCAGGAGAAUGUUUUGCAUAUUUGAGUAACACAUCAGCAAAGUCUAAAAGCACAAUUCAUGUACAAGUUUAUGUGAUAUGAUUAUUUUAAAGCGAGGUGUUGGCUGAGCUUUCACUUCAUGUUCUUUCUCAGCUUUGCGCCGCUGUGCUUUCACACUGAGAACCACCUUUCACAACUGGGAGCUGCCAGGCCUGUACUGUGAGCCUGAGGGCAGAUUGUGCUUUUCAGUGAGGAGGAGGAGAUAACCCAACUCUCUCUCUCUCUCUCUCUCUCUCUCUCUCUCUCUCUCUCUCUCUCUCUCUCUCUCUCUCUCUCUCUCUCUCUCUCUCUCUCUCUCUCUCUCUCUCUCUCUCUCUCUCUCUCUCUCACAAGCUCUAACUCAAUGUCAAGCAUCACCUGCCUCCUGAUCCAUCAACCUGUUGGACAAAUCAAUUCACUGAGAUACGUUCAAGACUCUUUGUGAUGUGUCUUAAAAUAAGAACACUUUAAGCUGAAAGAUAACAGUCGGUACCUUUCUUACUUCAAAUUUAAUUCAGCAAAAAAAAUAUUCUAAGAGCAAAAAAAAGGUGCACUUUAUGAAAGAUAGGAGUGAAAGUGUUUUUUCGGUCACGUGCACCUGGAAGUGAAUAAGAUCACAGACUGUUUUCAUGCACCACAGUCAGAGAUGAGAAAUUAUCCACCCUCUAACUUUAAUAUCCAGACUGACUUCAUAUUCAAAUCUAUUUCAUCUCUAUUCUUUGAUCCUACCCAUCAGUGACUUCUUCUCCGUCCUGCUCUGAAAGAAGUCUGGAAAUUAUCCUUUUUUCUAGCCGACACUUUUCCUCUUUGUCUGAACGGUUCUCAGUUCAUCAACCUUAAAAUAUGACUUUCUGAUUGGCAUGUUAUAGUGUCUGAAUUGAAAAGCAGGUUCUUUAUAAAAUCAGAAAUGAACAAGGAUGAAAAAAUGAAAAACAAGAUUGCAGACUUUGCUGUGUCAUGCCUUCCAUUUCACGUCUCGUCUCCUAAUUGCGAUUCUGAGAUUUGCACAAACUUACAGCACUGAUCCAUCAAGCAUCUCCAAAAGGAAAUCCCUUCAGCUGCUUUCUUUUUAAACACUAUUAUUGCAAUGAAACAAUAGAAUUAAUGCAUCAAUAAUAUCCAGUUUCAGAGGAGAAACUCCAUCAAGUCUUCUGUUUGAAUAAAAAUGCGUCACCCUAAUGCUACACUCCUCCAGCUCCUUUAUUACUUUCCCUUCUAGAACAAAUAUGAUCGUUUUUUCAGCACAUUUUUAGCUGUUAAAUUAUAGCGUAGCAUAGUAUAGUUGUGAAUAGACAGAAUAUUUAAAUAAUGCACAAGGUGGCUUAAAGAAAAAGAAGGUGAGUCAGCUUGGAUCAGUGCUUUCUUUGUGUGACUAUGAAGGCUGAAGGCACCUGUGGCUUAGGGGGGAUUUAGUCCAUAUCUAGCCUGUAUUAGCUUUAACUCUCCAUCAUAACCACCACUUAUACUCUCCCCCCGCCUUUACUUGAUCUAUGUGGUAUCUUCAUUCUGCACAGGCUGGGAAACAAAGCCAAUAAUAACUGCAGUUCCUCAAUUGGCCACUUGGGGCUGGAGCCAAAAGUGAGUCAACCCCCAUUAAGCCCCAUGUUAAAAAGUCCAACUUUAGAGCUAAGUUUUGUGAGUAUACAGCGUGGUGCAUGGGUGGUUUUUGAGUCUAUGAUUAAUUUCUGUUCCUGAAAUUUUUUUCUCUCACAAAUUACCCGCUUUGAUUAUAUCAAUUAAAUACAGCUGUCUUUAUGUUUUGCCUUCUACACUACAACAUGCAGUCCAAAAUGUCUAAUAUUGAAAUACACAGAUUGAAAAAAAAGGACACUAAAAUAAGCUACAACAGUACAAAUAUGUCAAAUAAAAACAUGUCUAUUCAAAGCUAUGAAAAAAGGGGAUAACUAAUGCAGUUUUUGAUAUAAUCAAACCUGUGACACAUGCUAUAAAUUACUUCAAAUUCUAGGUUGAGUCAGAAAAGAUGGUUCUUGAUUUUCUCUUGAAAACAGAUCAAAACAUUUUCAUAUCCAAAAGCACUGACUUUUAGAUUUGGGUAUAAAUCAAAAGGAUCUCUGGAAGUGCUAAUGCCAGACACAGCAGGAAUAAAUAAAGGCUUAAAGUCAUGCAUAGUUUAGGGUGUGGUCACUUUGAGUGACAGGCGGUUCUUUAAUGUGCUUAACAUCAUACCAGAAAAUUUAUUCCUAAUUCUCUUCGCUGUGUUUCUUUUGUUGGUGACUUUGGAGACUUUGAAAUGUGGUCAAUAUUGGUCCAAUCUGUGUAUUCACUCAAAAUAAAGAGCUGCAUAUUAUUAUUUUUAUAUGCUGUUUUUUUGUUGUCGUACACAAUGCUUACUACCGUCUGUACUAAUCAUACCUGGUUUGUUAGGUUGGAAUGAUUUUACUACAUUAAGUUCAGCGAGAGGGCCUCUUAGAGUCUGAAGUCUUUCCCUCAGAUGUUGAGCCAUAAUGAGGAGUAGACGAGUAUUUUGUCCUGACAGUCUGGAGUCUUGAUGUUACUUUAAAGACCAUAUGCUUGACUCUCCCUUACAUCUUCUCCUACAUGUUCCCAUUCGUCUUUUCCCAGAAUCCCCUGCUAAUCUCUCCAGUCAGCCUCGCUCUGACUUAAACACUGCUCCUCUUUAAAACUAGAGGGCACUUCUCAACCUGCUGUUCUAAAUUGUCCUCCUGCUAAUGCUAGCUCUGACCUGCUGUCUCCUACUGUACGUCCCCGGCGCCACUAAAGGGGCCUGUUGUGCAUAUUUCAUCAUUGCAUGGCUGUCUAAUUAGGUCAGUGUGAUCCACUCAUUCCCAUAGCAACCAAAGUGUGGAGAAAGACAGCAAGAGAGAGAGAGAGAGAGAGAGAGAGAGAGAGAGAGAGAGAGAGAAGGGGGGAGACAGAGAUAGAUUGUGAGUGACUGAGCGGGUUAGUAAAUGAUGCAAGGAUACGCGUGGGUGUUUCUCAGUCAGAGAAGGAGCCUCAGAGAGGAGGCGAUGGAGUUGCCACUGGUUAUGAUGAAUUUUAUUAGCACGUUGAGACUAAUGGAUGAACCGACACCAGCUUUGUCAGCUGUUGUCAGUAAGUCAGUUCAGAUAAUGGAUGCAUGUAUGUGGGCGGAAAGGCACUCUGAGGCACUCUUAAUUACAUUCCUUUGUCUCACUGAAUGCAGACAUGUUCUCAGUGAGACUUUGAGAAGUGUGGUUUUACUCUGAAUCUUUGUUAUUUCUGUGCUGGGACUGAGAUUGAUGAAAUGAAACAAAGGACGGAAGAAGAAAUAGACAGAAAGGGACGUCAAUUUGAUACAGCUUUGUCUUUCUAUCACCACUCCAAUAAUCAUAGUGAUCAAGUCUUUGCAAAUUAAUUCCAUUUUUAUGUUGGGUGCAAAUGCAAGAAGUAGUAUGUUGUUUAGUAUGUCCCACAUAUACCAAUUCAUAACAGACUCAGUCUCUCCUUAACCAUACCGAAGGCACCUGGACUCUAAAACCAAGAACUAGUGAUGCACGAUAUGAAAAAUUUCAACCGAUACCGAUAACCGAUAAUUUUCUUCUUCUCAUGGCCGAUACCGAUACCGAUAACCGAUAAAUUCAUAUUUUUACAUUUAUUAUAAUCUUCAUAUAAUCUGCAGUUUGUGCAGGAUGCAGUGAUUGAAAACUGAUAUUUUUGUUGCUCUGGCCUAUCUAGAACAACAAACAAAAGUUUUUGGCUCUUCAAAUGUUUAUUUUUUCCAUGUCAUCACAAAAAUAUGUGGUCAUUAGCUAUAAAUAACAAUAACAGAGCAAAAAGCAGAACUUCAUUUGACCAAAACAGUGCAUCCCCUGAACUGUUCAACAGAACUGUAGACUGUAAAGGAGCUAUUAUGAGACGUUAGGAUUAGCAUGCUGACCGGACUAACAUCUGACGUCCAUAUGUCUGUGGUAAAACUCACGUGUAGUCCGUUCUUGUCGAUCAGGUUGUGAAUGUAUGUGGCGACAAUAUCAUAGAGUGCAGGAAGGGACACAUCCGAGAAGAAGCGGCGGCUUGGGAGAGUGUAACGUGGCUACAAGUGUGCUAUUAACUUACGAAAACCCGGGUUCUCAACGACGGAAAAAGGCUGUUCGUCGACCGCUAUGAAUUCCAUCACUUUGUCGUUAAUGGCUUUAGCCUUUUCGCUGUCUCUUGAGAAGCUUUUGCAGUUUUCAAACGCCUGCUGAAUGGGGACAUCGAUCCUCCGUAGUGUUGUUGUCUUAGCUUAAGUACCGCUAGCAGCUUCGGCGGCUGUCUCAUAGUCUUUUAACACCGCUUCGCCGCGAUGGCGACUUUUCAGAUGAGCUAUCAGAUUCGUCGUGUUAAAACUUGACGUCUUCAUUCCGCCUCUCGUAAUCCUCGCUGAACAGGUUUUGCAUAUAGCAGCUGUUGUCAUCUUCUGCCACUGAGAAAAACGACCGUGCUGGUGAAGACAUUUUAUUAUCAGUCAGGUAGUGACAGGGGUCAGGCUUGGGACCUGCGAGUAAGGCGCGACGGGCGGCUACUCCGCCUGCAAACGUUACUCGUAAUUUCAUUAAUAUAUCGGCUCUUUCUAUCGGAAAAAAUGCACCUAUCGGACCGAUAAAAAAUGACGUAAUUUUCCCCCAAAUCGGCCGAUAUUCUAUUGGUCCGAUAAAUAUCGUGCAUCCCUACCAAGAACGGACAUGGUCUUUAAAGCUGAUAUCGUCAAAUAUGGGUGACAAUUGGCAACAAUUCAACAUAACCCUUAAAGCUCCGGUGAGGAGUUUUGUGCAGGUUACAAAAUUGAUAGUAAAGCCUCUUUAUUACCUACAAAAGCAAGAAGACCAUAUCUGAAACUUCUGGCAGAGGGGGUAGGUGCCAGUCAUAGUGAUAAACUGCACAACGCUAAAAUAGCUUGAGUGUUAACGUUCAGUCUCCAAGACUUUAACAUGUGAUUUACACACGUGCACUUAAAAAAAUUUGCAAACUUAAAAGGUUCUGCUUUGUCCAGAGGGGGCGCCAAAACUGAUGCAAGCCAAAAAAUCUUCCCAGGAGCUUUAACUCUUUGACCAUCUUUGCCAAAGCUAUGAACACUUUGUAGGUGUUGUGCUGGCUUGAAGGUAUACUGUGUAGUAUCUCCUCAUGUUAAACAGACUCGACAAUGGUAAACCGUACUUAUUAGUAUGUUUAAACUAGUUUACAAUCACCUGAACAUAGAAACUGAUUUUGGGUUAUAUCUACAAAAAGGAGCAACCGGUAUUGCUACUGAUCUUUUAGCUAUUGAGUUUCUCACAAGUAAUUGCGCGCAGUACCUACAACAGUUUGCUCUACCUGCUGAGAACAGUGACUAAAUUGUCAGCCAAAAGUGUGGAUACUUCCCUCGAAGGAGAUCAAAUGAGGGAAUAUGUUUGUUUUCAUCCGUUGUGUAGAGACACAAACCCAAUCAAUGCCAAUGUUGACCUGUGCUGCUUGUGUAAACGGGAAAUUGUUGGGUAAAUGUUUGCUGUGUGUAAACUUAGAGGGUCAUAAUAUGUCAGCGCUGUUUUUGCAGCUUGUUCUUGAUGUUGUCAUUCGAUGAAGUCGUUUGUUUUCCAUGAACAACCAAAUGCAUCAUUUCUGGCUUGCAAUGGGGUUAUAAAUUACUAACCUGAAUAGGCUUUUUCUGAAUCAUGAUCCAGUUCUUCUCUUGUCUUUAUUUAACUUUGACUCUAAAUGUAUCCAUUAACUUGAUCUGAUUGGUUUGAAUCAUGUAGAUCUUUGUUGGCCAACUAUCAGAGGAUGAGCCACAUUACCCUACAAAGAUACAAAGAGUCUAUAAUGCAUGAUACAACAGACUGGUAGCGAUGCUCUGAUUGUUAUAAUGCAGAGUGGACAGUUAUACCUUAGGGAUAGAUGCUGGACCUUUAUUACGGUGAAUGAUGGAGGAAACAAUAACGUGACAUAAAGAGAUUAUAGCCAUUAUGAAGCUGCAUUUGUAGGCAUUGAGCUGCUUUCCUCGUUGCAUUAUUUAUGAGCCUUUCCCUGCCUCAUCUAAAUAGCUUUGCAUCAAAUUAUGCAUAUGUGUAUAUCGUCUCAUACAUCAUCACGUUCAGAUGUUUUUUGAUCAAUGAGUAUGUAUUUAUGAUUUUUACAGUCAGGGCUGAAUGUGUGAUCGGUGGUAGAGAUGAAAUAAUUCUGUCACUGGGGAAAAGGAAAGUGUUGAUUUACAUCGACUCCAGCUUCAGAGCGUAACAACAUAUCAUGCUUUGCAUACUAGUCCAUGUCUCCUUACUCUUCCUUGACCUUUUAAAUCCAGGGCAACUUACGGGUAAAUAAGAGGUCACCAAUGCUAAUAGUGAGUUCUGUGCCUGCGUGAACGGAUGGCAUAGUGUUGGCUGUGAGCCACAACAUAACAUAUGUCUCAUUCCAGGCAGGGGCAGUGAUAAGGCGUUCUUAUCCACAGGGAAUAUGCAUCAUUCAGUGCAGCAGUCUAUAUGAACUUCGGAGGGAAUGAGUGUCAGCCUGAUCAAAGCAGCACACAGCGUAUCUUUUCAUAAGGUUGUCAGAAGGUUAAAUAUACAGACAAAAUUAUAUUCAUGUCUUUUGGAAAUUGGUGUGCAGCAGAUUUGACAAAGUAGCUAAACGAUUGCUGCACUGACUUCGGUGAGUGAGACAUCGGUGUAGCUGGUUUAUGACAAGCAGGAAAGGAAAAUUAAAGGUCACUCGAACUUCUUUUGACUGGAUGCUGCACUUCACUUUUUAACAUCAAAGGGUUCCACUACUGGUCUUAUCCAUUAUUUUUGCUUGUUUGCAUUAAAUCCAAACUGAACUUAUUUUUGUACUAUAAGUUGGCAAAGACAGGGCAACAGGUUGUAGAAACCAGCUAGCUCGUGCAAAAACCUGGAGUGAACAUCUCCUAACAUAAUUAUAUAAUGGCAUUAAUGACGUGUGUGCCUGCUUGUUUUUGAUUUUAUUUAAAUUACAAAUCAGAUAGGUACAAAUGAUCUUUAGUUGGGAUCGGCUAUGACCAUGAUUAACUCUGCGGGAGUAUGAGACAGAUGAUUGGUCGUGUUGUGGACAAACCUGCCCAGCGCAGAAGGCCCCUCAGAUCAGACCAAGUGUCAAACUCUGUUAAGAUCUUAAUCUAUUUUUAAAAACUUGCUUCCGGCUGUGUUCAGCCACGGUUAGGUCUGUUUCACCUCUGGGACGUAGCUGAAAAAGAAACAGUGGUGCUACGGAUCCUGAAUGCUGCUUAAAUUCGUGUUUUUGAUAUCUGUGCUUACACUAACUUCUCCUUCAAUCCCUGAGUAAAUAUUACUCUAUAAGUGUUUUGUAUGGGAGGCUGCAGCUUUGUACUGUGAGAGGUAACACCAGCAGCCUGCAGCAAGACAUGUCAAUUCAGAAACAUGAUGAGACUCCCACAUCAGAGGCUUCUUGAGAAUGAAUAAACGCUGCAUGCAUCGUUUAAUGCAAGAAAUAAGAGAGUAGCAAUGAUUCUUCGACAUACUGAUGACACUGCAGAGACACUUCACCAUCGACAUGCCUGAUAUAAGGACAGUCUCACCCUCACACACUGUUCGAAGACUCUUAAUCAUGUAAAAUCAUAAUUUAAUCUUAUUCAGUAUUAAUGCAGCAUCAACAUUUACUCCCACAUCUUGCUUCUGUCCUUCCAUUAUCUUCACGGUGAAUCACUCGAAAUUCUAAUUAUCUCAUUUAAUAAGCAUGGAUGAAACAGUCAAAUUUAACCACACCAUAAUGACCUUACUGUAAUUAUGAUGUAUAGUUCAUUCCGAUAAAACUGCAAGGCUCCAUUUUCCUCCCCACCAUCAUAAAAACCGCCGCCGUCGUGUCGCAUGAAAUUGAUUACAUCUGUAAUUCACCUCGCUGUAGCAAGGCGGGAUGAAACACUCGACCCUUUUAUCAAAGCGCUCUCCAAAUGCCCUCUGCAGACCAGGGAUCAAUAUGAGCAGAGAUUCAGCUGUGAAACGAGAUGGAGGGGGGUGAUAGGGGCAGAAGUUUGAAUGUGUCUAACGGGCGGCUCUUCAGAUUGAUGGACAGCUGCUGCAUGUGAUUGGAUCACUUAGAUAUGGCAGCUUCUGUCUGUUCUGCACCGUGUCAUUCUGCUUUAUUGGAAGUGAAGUAAGGGAUAAAUAUUUGAUGCCAAAGUCAAACAGAUUGUUUUAGUAAAACUCAUCCAUAUCUACAAACAUCAGGGGUCUUUUCCCAGCCGUUUACAGUGGGUAGUAGGUGCUUUGUCCCUGCUGUAGCGCCAAGGAAACCCCUCUAAUCUGACAUCCAGAGGGGAUUGCAGCCCCAAACACUUGAGGCCAAAAAAACUCAAAGUAGAGGACAAAAAGAUGCAACAUUGCCAGCUUUUUAAAGGAGCAUUUCAAUAUAUUUUGAAGUAGCAACUCAUACUACCAAAUACUGACAUAUCCCAGCUUUAAGUCAAAAGCUUUUACUUUUACAAUACUUAACGAGAUGUAUUUUGCUUUUACAUUUAGUAUUACUGUGAUAAUAUAACUGUGAGUUCUGCUGCUGUAGACUUUAAAAGUACACACUCCAUGGUACAGCUGGUCAUUCACAGUUUCAGUGUGUGGCACCACUGUGAACCAGCAUCAGGAUGAAGUGCAGCUGGUGCUACACCAGCUAAGCUGACCAUCUGCCCGAGCUCCAUGUCAGUGUUUCUGUAGACUGCACAUGCUCAGUCUCUGCACUCCAAAUAUCACACCACUACACCUGCUCGAAGUGUGUAUUUCCAGCUACUAUGUUUUUUUUCCUUUUCAAUGUGGUAACUAUUCUUCUUCUCUGGUUAUUUAGUGCAGUUAGCAGACAGCUUUUAGACAGCAGCUGGUACAAGUGUCAGAUGACACCUCUUACAUCAGGCCUUUUCAUACUUUGUCAAAGCAAUGAGGUGCCAAAACUGACAAAACAUUAAAGUUCCACACAGUAGCUUAAAUGACUUGGUUGCUUACUGUUUCCUACAGCUCAGAAAUAUGUCUCCAAUCAGACCAGUGCUCUCUUUAAACCCUGAAACAUUAACUCACUCUUUCAUUUCCCUCAUUAUGGUUCCCUUGCUGAACUCACUCAUCUCUAUCCGCCCACAAUUAGUUCAAAAUGGAGCCAUCAGGUUAUUAACUUAAACCAACUAUCGACCCCCUGUUCUCCCAUCUUUCCAUUGGCUUCUUGUUCAAUCCAGAAUCUCAUGAUCUUGUGACUUACUUUGAAGGCACUGCAUAGUUUUAACCCCAGUGACAUUUCUGACCUCCCUAUUUAUUCCACUCUUCAUCCACUCUGUUCCUCUAACCCAGGCCGUCUUCAUUUCUGUGCUUGUAAAACAAUCUGAAACCCAGUGCUUGUUAACUUCCUCACUUGCUAACAUACUUACUAAAUGAUUCACUUUCUAACCUGCUUCCUAAUCUACUUAUUUGCUUUCCUACCUACUUACUGUCUUACAUACUUAUUUGCAUAUAAACGACAAUAACCAACAUUAUUUUGCCCAUGUCAAUAUAUCUGGUGUCAAAAAAUAGAUCAAUAAAAGUUGGUUUUGGACGUGUGUAGGUAGGUCAUGGUCUUAUAUCCCUUUAAGAAGCUGUCCUAUGUCGGAGACAUGACUCCAAACCAUCCAGUCCGUAACAAAGAGGGAAAGACAGGUGAGGAGAUGGAGGACGGUUCAAAAGUUGUAGCAGCUGAAGUAGACGAAGUUAAUGUGGGAGGGAGUGAGCAGCUUGUGGAGUAGUUAUUGUCCAUUUAUCAUUAUCGAGGUGAACUGCUUGAUAUAUCUUGAUAUUGAUUUGAGGCCAUAUCACCAAGCCCUACCUUCUUACUUACUGUCUUACUUGCUUACAUGCAUACUUACUUCCAUACUUAUUUCCCUCCCUACUUACUACCUACUUAUUUGCUUACUCACUGUCCCACUUACACGUCCCACAUACUUAAUAACCUGCUUACUUACUUCUUAUUAUACUAAUUCUUAUGUCUGACUUACUUUCUUUGCUUCUUUACUAACUUUGCAAAUAACAGAAAUGUUUUCAUAAUAACCAGAAUUAUGAAAGUAAUGGAGGGUUUUCAAGUGCGGAAGUUUCCUUUGCUGAUGUUAAAGUGAACAAGCCGGAAGAUGAACUUGAGGUUAACGUAUUAUUUGACGAUGACUCAGUUGUUUGGAAAAUUGGGCAAAAAAAAGCUUGUCUUUAUAAACCCAGUCAAAACUUUCGGUGCUGUCGCAGUCAAGUACAUUGUUAGACCCACUUUCCGCCUACAUGUUGGUCAGGUUCAAGCCUGAGCACCUGUGACUCAUCUUGAUGGGCUCUUUACAUAAUGCACUGACUCUCUGUUGAACUUCCGCCGUGUUUGAAUAAGCAGACAGUGGAUGCAGACAUUCUGCAAUAAAAAACUACGCCCAUGCUUUUGAAUAAGUCUAGUCUGCUGCGUCAUUUGUUUGGGUUUAUUUUUGUAUGUUUUCUCUGCUCCUGAGAUGCAGUUUUUCUCUGUUGUAAUGAUGUUCCUUGUCUUUGAGGAAGUGCAGCUUUGCCUGUGCAAUCAGAGCACACGAAAUGGUUUACAACUAAAGGGGUUCACUGCUUAAGAGUGUACGUACUUUGGAGACUCCCUGCGUAAUAUCUCUUUUUAUUCCCCUUCCAAAGUUGGUAAAAGUUUUGGAUCUUAUUUGUCAGUGGAGUUGAAAUAUCUGACAGUUCUCUAAAUGUUUCAACCCCAAAGGAUACCAUGGAUGAAUCAAUAAGAUGGACAGUAUGAAUCAUGUUUUAUCCCGCUUCAUUUCCGUUCUCAGGACUGACGACACUGCAGGUCGUUCUGGACACGGCCGCAGAGAGAAAAUGGCAAGUGACAGCUAUCAAUGUGGGCAACCUAAAGGACGAGAGGAAGGAUGAGGCCUACCGCUCACUGUUCCAAGAUCUGGAGAACAAGAAGGAGAGGAGGGUGAUCCUGGACUGUGAGCAGGACAAAGUCAAAGACAUCAUGGAGCAGGUAGGCUGGAUAGGUUUCCUGUCUAAGAUAUUCCCUCUGGGAGGUUUGGUUUGUGAGGCUAAUGGAGAAAGGUGUGUUUGGCUUAAUCAACCAUGAUGGGAAUGAAAAUGUUGGCAUAGUGAUAUCAUAGUGAUACAACUUAGACAGCAAUACAUACUCAUGAUAACCCAUGAGAGCAAUUCUUAAUAUUUUAAAACUUAUGCUGAAAUUUUUCAACAACCUACAAUCCUUGUGACAAAGUGAAGUGCUGACAACGGAUUUUCAGGGAUUAGAUAAACUGAGACACCAGGUUUUAAUAUGUGGAACAGAUAUUGUACUUAAAAAUGAACUCAAAUGAUGAGAGUCAGACUGUUGUUUUUCGUUAAGAUCAGUUCGUAUAUAUUGAACUUCUCUAUGUGGAUUCUGGAUUUCAAAUGGACUGUGACAUAAGAGGUCAACAUCGGGUGGCCCUUGGUGAAAGCUCGAUUUUAGAUAGUCCUAAUAUCCCACUCAUCCAAGAGCCCACAGCCCUCUAUGGCCUCACCACUGAAGUAUGAAAUUCACAAGUUCAAUGUGGAAACAUUAAACCAGUGAUUAAAAGCAGGAGAGGUUCAAGUCUGCCACCAGCGAAGUUAAACCAGUUUCUACAGAAGGACUUAAUAUGAGUAUCAUGGGCUUUGUCACAAGCUUUAUGUAAUUUUUCGUCUCUUUUGAUUUUAAAUGAUUAGUAAAUUUUAACAUAUCAAGACUCACAUGGCAUCAGUUUCAGUUUGGGACGCUCAAGAACAUUGUCAAAUUAGGAUCCAUUUUGUGCUGUAUGAGAAAAAACACGCCUGUUGCAUCCACUAAAAUGCUAAAAUGAAUGAGCUUUCUGAUGGCAAAGUAAAGUACUGAAAAGUUUCUUAGUGGAGCGUCCACUUAAGCUGAGGUGAGCACUUGGUCAGGGACUCUCAAAAUUAGCUCAAAUAAGUGAUUGAGUCAGGCCUUCCUACAGAAAACUGUAGCCUAGCUUGUGUGCUGUCUCUCCUGGCAGUUUCCCAUUAAAGAGGUGAAGCUGACUGGCGCUGAAUGUGGCAACUGCACUAACAAGUGACAUGUAACUCAUACAACCCCACUUAAAGUGAAAAGGUGUAGGUUUUGCCAAUCGGCAGGUUCUGUGAUAUGAAGUUUGCAGGGUGUUUAAGGAUACUUGAGCGAAAUCAGUGAAGUGCCUCAUGAAUAACUCUACAGCCACUGUGAGGACCUCUGAGCUGGUUAUGAAACAGACUUAUAUUACAAGUGAUGCCGUUUUAUGACCUGCAAAAGCAAACAACACCAUCAGCAACAGGGCUGAUAACAUUGUAAUUUCUUAUUUCUAAAUCUGCUGCAAUGUGGUGUGGGUGUCAUACAAAAAAAAUCUGCCUACAAAUGCACAUUUCCAAAGUGAUGUCCAAAAACUCAACAAAGACAAGGCUUCAUUUUACAAACAAUUUCUAUAUGAUUAUUUGUAUUUGUCAAAAAAAUAAGUUUUGAAAACAGUGGGAAAGAAGGAGAAACUCUAAUGAGAGAAACACGGAGAAAUGUGAGAAUAACAAGAGGAAAUAUGAGUGUAUUUUUAAAUUAGAGAAUGUAAGACAUUCUAACAACCGUAUUAUCCUUUAAUUACUCCUGUAGGACAGGAGUGAUAAUUGCAUGAAAUAUGAGCUUUUGAUACAGCGCUCGGAAAAAAUUAUUGUCUUGUGGACCUGGCAGUCCAGCAGAUGUAGAAAGGCACCAUAACAAUUACACUAAUUGUCCUUUAAGGCUGUAAACAAAACUGCAAUUAGAGGCAAAACAGAUGCACAUAAACAGGUUAUUUUUACUCCUCCUCUUACCCAGGAGAGAGGCUUAUCGAUUAGCAUUUAAAGCGUGCCAACGUCUGUUUAGCCAGUGCUGAAUGAAAUCAAUGCCCACAGCCUCGCAGCCUGUUUAUCUGGGAAAAACAGAACCUGUUCAGGUUGAAGUUUCUCGUUUCAUGUCAAAGGCAUUUAUGUAGGCGAUCCAAUACAUUAUUAUUCAAAUCUGCUUCAAGUAGCUGCCCCGACAAACGGCGGCGCCAGUCAAGCAGCAGGAUUAGUUUCAGGUGUGCCAUUCAUGUGCGGCACGGAAAUAGAGCAAUAUUUCAGGUGUUUUCUGCCGCUUCUGUUGCUUUACUGAUAAGGCAGCUGGAUAUUUCUUUUUAACCUGCGAACGCCGCCGUUUUUAGAGCGAUAAUGACCAGAACUGUCAGCCAUGUUAAGGCUGAUGAUUUCAUAUCAUAUUGUUUAAGUAGAACUGUGUGGUUCAAACUGAACUGUUAUUACAUUUCUGUCUGUUUUAUCUCUGAUUGUCAUUCAUGGUUUAUUGUGGAGUUACAGUUUCCAGGAAAAGCUGCUAUUAAAUCUGUAUUUCAAUUUAGAGAGAUAUAAGCAAAGUCAAAGUUACAUGGAAGAAACUGUGAUUUCUAAUACUUCGCUUCAUGCUUGUUCCACUGGAGUUGAAUUAUUAUGUUUUAUAUUUGUGUGUCUUUGCAGGUCAUCACCAUUGGUCGACACGUCAAAGGCUACCACUACAUCAUAGCCAAUCUGGUAAGUUUAUGCAAUAUCUACAACUGCUUCAAGAGACUUCAUACUUCCUGUUUAAAGAGUGAGGCUGCACAAUUAAUCGAAUUAUAAUCCUGAUUAGGAUUUUGGCUAAAAAUAACGUGACUGACAGCUAUGGUUAGCUAGUAAAAUGUGUACAGUUGUUGGCUGGAAAUAGUAAUGUAAAUUCAUUACAGUGUUUAUUGUAUUAUAUGUAUAUUCUCUCAGUUUAUGAUAUUUAUUUGCACCAAAACAGGCCAAGAGUAGAAAGACGAGGUGUGUGUGUGUGUUAGUAAAGCAGAGGAACAGAGUGAGCAUGGAGAACAAAAGCUUUAGUGUUUAUAACCAUGAACAAGCAAACUGUCGUCUGGAUUAAUGGUGAGUGCCCUCCAGGUCUAAAUCAUUAUCGCAUAAUAUUUAUCAGAUAGAGUUUAAAAAAGACGCUGCUGACUCGGUACAUAUACCGCUGAUGGGAAAACGAAAAUGACAACAGUUCCAGACCAAGACAUGCAAAAACAAAUAUGAGCUGUCUGAUGGGUCUGGUUAUACCUGGCUAGUGUCCACAGCAUUAUCAUAAAAUUGAGUCAGAUUUCUUAUUAAAGUAAAGCUUUGAUGCAAUAUCUGUUUGACUAAAUGGCGCCAAAGAUGUUAAGCUUGACGUUAAACAGGCGAAAUGUGGGAUAUCAAUGUUUUCAAGCAAAUCAUAAACAGUAAAAAUGUCCAUAACAUGCACAAACUGUCAUGAUUGAUAACCUUAAUAAACAUCAUUUUGGCCAUUAUCUAAUAAAGAGAUAACAUUUAACUCUAACUUCUGCGUUCUUCAGGGUUUCAUCGAUGGGGAUCUAUCCAAAAUCCAAUAUGGCGGAGCCAACGUGUCAGGCUUUCAGAUUGUUGACUUUGAUGAUCCUUUGGUGUCUAAGUUUGAUCAGAGGUGGGAGGCUCUAGAAGAAAAGGAGUAUCCCGGUGCUGACAGUAAAAUCAGAGUGAGUACAUGCGCACUGUCAACAUGCCAGUGAGCGUGCGUCAACAUUCAUGCAGGAAUGUUUAUUCUUUUGCAGGAUUGAUGGUUUAAAAUGUGACUGAAAGCACGAAAAUAUUCCUCACUCCAUUGAAUGUAUUUGAAGUAAACCUUGAAGUAAAUUAUUCUGCGGCUAUCUGCAUCAAGCAAACUUUACACUCACACGCACUCACUGUGUGCAUUAUUUAACAUCUCUACACAUAAGCAAGGAAUGUUAUGCAUUGUUGGAUCAAACAAAUGCACUUUCCCAUGAGCUAAGAGGUAGAAUUUUCUAGAGCUGAAUGCAUAUGCAAACACAAACUCAAAACCAGGAUUUUAUGACAUUGAAAUUAUGUAAUUGAUUUACUGCUUUAACCCUUUAGUUUAACAUAAUAUGAAUCUCGUUGGAGCUACACUGGCUUCCCUGUUUUUGUAAACUGUAUGGUCAAAUAUGAAAUAUCAGAUAUCAUCACAAAUAUUCCCUAUAUGUGAGUCAAUUUCAACUUCUUUUUGUUGUCAUACAGCCACACUGGGAGAAAAAUCACUUCAUGGUUAUCAGCAUAAAAGAAGUAGGGCAGGUUGUGACAAAACACAACAAAAAACAAUUUUAAAAAAGCCAGCUCUACACAUUUACUAUGCGCUCUUCUUUUGAAAAGAUGCCUUAAUAUCAGAGAAUUGUGUCUGCCUUUGUAACAGCGGGAUGUACUUUUUUAUCAGAGAGAUUUAAAGUGGUGUCUUUAUUCAUUUGAUGGAUUAAUUUUAGGUUACAGCUUAGAUUUGAGCCUCUGUGUAAAUUCAUUAUUCUCUCUAUAAAAAGAUUAUAAAGUAAGGAUUUGUAUGAGGUCCAUGAGAUGACCCCGGACUCAGGAUUUCCACUUUCAUGGCAGUUUGCCUCAGACUGUUCCUGUGAAUAUUUAGAUACAUGGAUGUUUUUGAGACAAAUUGCAUACUCUUGGCAAAGGAGCAUCUUGUUCCAGCUUUUUGAGGACAUGCAGAUCAGCCCACAAAUACUUUUCAGUUUUUUCUUUUUUUUUAAGUUCAGCUUUUACAAGAGAGAGGAGGAAAUGUCACAGAAAUACCUCACAAGAGCCUGAUUCCUCUUUCUUUCUUUUCCUUUUUAAUCUUUCUGUUUGAGCAAAACAAUUUAUCACUGGCUGCACUGGUUGACAUGUUCAACAGCUCAUUUCCACUAUUUUCAAACAAUACCAAGUAAAGUUGCAUAUUUAACUGGUAAGGAUGACCAUUCUCCAAAGUUUCUCAUUAAAAAAAAUGUGCCAAAUGGUAUUCACAUUCAAGAGCAGACGCUCCUGGGGUGGCUGAAAGUCUGAUUUACCACUCAUGUUGUUACAAUCCUAAACAAUCAUUUUCUAACUGGCCUUAUCAGAAGCAGAACUCAUGUUAAAAUCAAUUAUUUAGGCUUUGUUGCUCAAAGCUAAAAGUAAUUUUUCCUGCACUUAAACACAAAACUUUUCAGAUCUAAAACUUUCAUAUGUCUCCGUGGGGGCAGGAUAGUGUUAAACCAACUAAAACUAAGAAAAAGUUCCCAAUCUGAAUCCCAGGUCUAGUUAGUGGAAUUGCAAUGUUAGUUUUUUCCAAUAUCAUGCAGCCUUAGACUGAUUGUAGCUAUCCUUACAUUCUCAGCAGCACAUUUCUCUCGAUAGUACUUUAUACCCUCACUUUGAGUCCAAAAGAAUCAGGCUCAUAAGAUUGAAAUAUUGGUUCUCAGUCAUGUCACUUUUGAAAGUUUAACACAGGAAUAAAAAACUUUUGAAUACCUGGACAUUCAAAGCUAUAGAAUGAAAAUUUAUGUAUAUAGAGGGAUGCAAUAGUAUGUUUACUUCAUGACGCCAGCAGGGCCACCCCAGUCAAAAACUUCCUCUUUGUGAAUGGCGGUUAAACAUGACUCAGCUGGUUUACAUAACAGAAAUUAGGUUAAGGGAUUCCUCCUUCUCUUGCAAACCUAAGGCAAACAUCUCUCUCCUUAUUCUGCCCUAGUACACAUCAGCGCUGACCUAUGACGCGGUGCAGGUGAUGACUGAGGCCUUCCGCUACCUGCACAAACAGCGCAUCGACUUCACCAGGAGAGCCAACAACGGGGACUGCCUGGCCAACCCUGCUGUUCCCUGGGCUCAGGGAGUGGAGAUUGAGAGAGCACUGAAACAGGUAACAGGCAGCACGUACGCGAACAUCAUUUUGCCGGUGAGGACCUGUUGCCGUGGUAACAGCUUUGGAAAUGCAUCUACAAAAGGCAGAAAGCGCUUCACAGAGAUUGAUUAGAUACUGAUGUUUUCAGCAUGCAUGUGGAUACAAACAGAAUUACUGACAGCUAUUCUUCAGAAGAGAAACCGAGGUCCACCCACAAUCGGUCCUCGGGGCUUUGAUGAAAGUUUAGUCUCACUCCUGCUGAGAAAUAAGGCUUGACAGUCAAAGUGGAGCCUAAGUGGAUUUUUUUCCCCCUUUACUGAAGGUCUUUCAGGCUGUGGCUACAAUCCUGAACCUCAAGUCUUAAAUUUAAUUCAGUCUGCUUUUCAAGCCCAGAGCAGCAUGUAACACAAAAACAGCAUCUGUGGACUUUUAGUGUUUAUGCUCACAAAAUGCUGGCUUUAUUUGAAUCUACACUGCAGAUGAUCACAGUAUAUGUAAGGAGAUAAACUUAAAGAAAAGGCGCCUCCAUGUGAAACAUGUUCGAGGACUUACAAUACCUUUGGUGCUUCACCAGGGUGCAUCAUCUUGGAUUCGGAUCAACCAGCUGACUGAAUACUUGAAUCUCUUUCCUUCAAGCUGUAUCUCUGCCACUCUGACUUGUUCAUCCGAGCUUUGAAAAACUUUGCUUGGCUGCCAAUGCCUCGUACCCUAUAAGUCUAGAUUUGCCUACAGAGAUGUGCAAACCUGUCAUUAACCUACAAGCAUGUAACAACCAAGCGACAGAUGUUGAGAACCCCCAAGACCAGUUCAUGGCUGCUCAACAUACCAUUAUGUUGGCAUCAUUUGAACCCAGUAUCUCUCCCCUUCAAGGUCCGGCUCACAAACUACACUGUGUUUACGAUUUUCAGACACAAAUAAGCUCAUAAAGUUUUGUAGCUUCAUUCAGUUUUUCUUUUUUGUGUGUCUUACUGGAGCAGUAAGCAGUCUGUCCAAAGGAUGAAUUUAAAGAAACACAUAUAAAGAGAUGGAUCCAAAUAUUCCUUUAUAUAAAAAAAAACAUGCUUGUAAUGAUCUAGAAAGUCUUUUUUUUUUUAAGGUAUGAUCUUCAUUGACAAAACACGUCACCCAAAGUCCUGCAGGUCUAGCCAUUUUCCUCUAUUGGAUUCAUUAACAGAGGCUGUGUCUUCAUUUUAGUCAAACCUCCACAACAUGCAUCAAAAUAAAGCGAAGAAACUGUUGUUAAAGCAUGAAGAGUUAAUUUCCUCCUAACUAAAACGUUCCAGUCAAAGUAAAGUCAUCUCAUUUUGUCCAUAUUGAAAGAGUUAUGUCAGUGCCAGUGUUUGUGAAUGUUGUGCAGAAGUGUUUCAGAUGGAUUGUGAACCCUUUGCAUGAGAAUUCAGAGCUGUCUUUUGUCUCAUUUAAACAGGUGAGUUAUCAGCAAAAGCCUUGCAGUCCCUUUAUGACCCAGGCUCAGUGUGUUUCAGAUCAGAGUGGAGAAAUUAAUCUGUUUUAUCACUUAUAAAAUCUUUUUUUAUACAUUUGCCAGGCCUCGAGGAUACUCCUAAUGUGUUUUGAUUGGAAACACUACAUUCAGACAUAACUAUGUUUCAAGGAGAAACUCCACAGGAUACCUUUAAGCCGCUCUUGGUUCCUCCUGCCUCUGCCUUUUUGUUAUUUAGUUUGGCUGCCAAUAAUAGAAGAGGUAGGGAAAAUAUGUUUUUUGUCCCACGACAUGCUGUGCCUUUGCUGUGAUCUCCUCUCUAAUCCAUACAUGGAGCGUUUCCUUAUGUUUUCACUCUGCUUUAUAGCUCAGCAUGAAACCCCAGCUGAAGUCAUUUUAGGAUACUGGUAUUCACUUUGAAGAGGAGGAGAGAAUAACAGGAAAUCCAUUACCACAGUAAAUCAUGACUUAUAGGAAAGGUUCACUCAGAGACCCCUCCAGAGCUUGGAUUAAUGAGUCAGAGAGACCAAGUAGUUUUUAUUUAUUCAUUUUUUAUCUGAGAUGACAGUACCUGGCAAAAGAAAAUUCUAAGUAUCAUAAAAUCCAGACUAUAAGUCACAUUGAUAAAUAAGAUUCAUUUUACAGGGACAUCUCAGAGAGAAAAAAAAUUAAGUGUUUUUUUGCAAGAAGGCUUUCAUUGCUUUCAAUUAAUGUGCAGUUUCUGUGCGACUGUGAAGCUCUUGGUAGUACUGAACUCAUCAGGAAGUAUUUGUGGAUAAGUGCAUCGACAUUAGCUGUAACUCGCAUUAGCUAAAUUUUAAUAUACAGCCGAUGGAAAUGACUAGUUUGCCAUGGUUGUUUGCUUUUCUAAAUUCAGGAUCUUUUUAAUGAAACCAACGCGUCACAUCUGGUUAACAGUAUAUCACGGUUUUCUUUAAAUGCAUGAUCAUGACCUUGUAAGAGUAGCAUACUUGGGCAAUAAAGUGGUCACUUGCUCAUAUUUAGCAUUAUCUUCUGGGUAAUAUACCGCAGGGCAAUAAAAAAAUCUCUCCCUGCAUUUUACACAGCUUUAUUGAUCACACUGGUGUUUUAAAAUGACAUAAGAUGUGGUUCUUAUAUUAUCAGUUUUAUGGUUAUUUGGUUUUGAAGAUAAAACUCAUUCAAUAAAUGACCAGCAACUAACUCCUACAAUCCCAGGGUCACCACAGCUGGAAAAUACUCACUACUAAAGGACCCAGUUAUAGUGCUGGUAUCAGGUUAGUGAAUGUUUAAGCUGUGAAAGUCUGCUUAAAGAUGCUGUUUUGAUCUGGUUUGAUUUUCUGUCUCUAAGGUGCGUGUGGAAGGCCUGACAGGGAACAUCCAGUUUGACCAACACGGCAAACGAGUCAACUACUCCGUCAACAUCAUGGAGUUAAAGACUAAUGGUCCAGUCAAGGUCAAUAUUUUUUUUAAUCUUUUUCUUAUCAACUGUGUUUCUACUACAUGGUUGGAUUUAAUGUGAUCCUACAUGUGACUUCAAUGUGUGUCUUCUCAACAGAUUGGCUACUGGAAUGAAGUUGACAAAAUGGCUGUCACCAAAUCGGAUGUCUUUGCAAACGAGUCCACAGGAAUGGAGAACAAAACUGUUAUUGUCACCACCAUCUUGGUAAAUACACUACAAAAGAGGUGUAGACUGUUUUUGUUGUACUUGGAUUCAACGUUCAGCUCCAAAUCCAACGUAAAGAGCAGGAACAGCUGUGAUAACUUUAAGUUUUUGAACACCGGGAUUCAGUUUGGCUAAGAUUAAAAACUGGCAGAGUGGCUGUAGAACAUAAGCAUACUUUAAAAAGCUGUACCAGCACCCUCUUGGAUGCCCAUGAAAAAGAUUAAACGUUAUAAAAUGGCCUCUGUCAUCUUUUCAGUGGAAAAAAAGAGAAAAAAAGCUGCAGUAGCUGCUUUUCAACAUGACAAAGUGUCCUCUGGAUUGCCCCUCUGUUGAAAAAGUAUAAGUAGUAAGGCGCCCCUUUUGUCCCUGUACAUUAAUUAAUACAUUUGGUUGACAUACAGGGUCUUGGAGUUUAGUUUAGAGCACCAGAAAGUCUUUUUAUUUAAGUUUUAAAUCUGUAUAUCCUACUAUCUGAAUAACAAAGUUAGUUUUAAAAUGACCACACACAAAAUAAAAGAUUGAAUUUUACUUGUGCCUGAACAUGUACAAAUGAACCCCAUGCUGAGGUUAUCAGGGCCUUGAAAACUCUUCCAAUUUCAUAACUUCCAGACUACCAACUGCCAAGGUUGCCCAGGCAACCCUGAUCUUCAAAAUGUUGUUGUUUUGCCUUUAUUAGACAGAACAGCUUGACAGAGACAGAAAAUAUGGAGAGGAUGAACCAAACCACAGAGGGGUUGGGAGUUCAAUCCCCCAACCAGAGCAACAAGGACUAUGACCUCAAAACAUGGGGUGUGGCCGGCUAGAACAAGGCCCAUCAUACAAUUAUUACCUUGCCAGGAAGAGACAGAAACGUGUAGAGCUCACAAAAUAGCCCUGAUUUAGCCUGAGUACGCCACUUUGUUACUAUAUCCUUGUUCAAGCUUUCUCUGAAGAGUGUAGAGUUCGUUUUUCUCGUUGUAGCACGCUCCGUCUGCCUGAUUCUCCGCCAGAAUAACACCAGGCCACUUAUUCCUUGAAACAAUGAUGUGAUUUGUCUACGACCGUUUUCCUCUUGUUUCCAUAAUGACCUGUCAGCCCGGUGUGAAAUGCUUUUCUCUGAGGCUGCUUUUUUCGCUUUGUAAUUCAACCUCUUGAGCUGAACAGUGUUCUGUGUUUUUCCUCUCUGUCCUUCAGGAAGCGCCGUACGUCAUGCUGAAAAAGAACGCCGACCUUUUUGUAGACAACGAGCGCUACGAGGGUUACUGUGUGGAUCUUGCGGCGGAGAUAGCGAAGCACUGCGGCUUCAAAUAUCAGCUGAAGAUAGUGGGGGAUGGAAAAUAUGGAGCUAGAGAUGCAGAGACAAAGAUCUGGAAUGGGAUGGUUGGAGAGUUAGUAUAUGGGGUGAGUUAUCUUCUGGUGGAGAUCACUUGAGUCAUCGAUUGCCACAACACUUAUUCUUGUUUAUUGAUUUCAUUGUUCUGAAUUACUUUGUAGCUGAUCUAAAGUCAAUACACACCGGGGUAUUCCUCGUAGUAAGUACUUCUGACAGCUUCUUUGUUUGUUUUGUACUUUCCCCAGAAAGCAGACAUCGCCGUGGCUCCCCUGACCAUCACCUUGGUUCGAGAGGAGGUGAUCGACUUCUCCAAACCCUUCAUGUCUCUGGGAAUCUCCAUCAUGAUCAAGAAGCCCCAGAAAUCCAAACCGGGAGUCUUUUCUUUCCUGGACCCGCUGGCCUACGAGAUUUGGAUGUGUAUUGUUUUUGCCUACAUCGGUGUCAGCGUGGUGCUGUUCCUGGUCAGCCGCUUCAGCCCGUACGAGUGGCACACUGAAGAGUACGAGGAUGGGCAGAUCCAGACCAAUGAGUCGACUAACGAGUUUGGGAUAUUCAACAGCUUGUGGUUCUCCCUCGGAGCUUUUAUGCGCCAAGGCUGUGACAUCUCACCUAGGUGGGUCAGAAACUUUACAACUGCUGUGUUGUUCCCUCUUUAAUUUACCAGAAAAUACUACGGACUCGCUUGUGCUGACAUGCUAUGCAACCAUAAACCGGAAAGUGAGUGUGCUUUAUCACGUCACAGACUGAGUUUGUCUAUAAACGGCUGUGUUGGACAGUCUGUAGUCUGUCAAACACUUAAAAGUCCAGAGUGAAGUACCAGGUUUAUCUGAAUCACUGGGAUCAAUGGGUAAGAGGCUGACUGGGUUGGACAAUUACCUGACAUUUCUUUUUCCUCCAUAGGGACAGUCCAACACUUUAGUCAAUAAAAGCUUGUCUCUAAAUCUAACUCUUGGCCGUGGCUGUACUUCCAAAUCAAUGUUUACAUUUAUAGGCUAAUACAAGCACAUCAUGGCAGAAUGCCACAUUUUUGGAUGUCACUAUGAUAAUGCAGAUAAGGGGUGUGUUAAAGCAUAAAGCAUUAAGCAUAGUUGACAUCCCAUGGGCUUGAAAAGGUACAGUGUGUAGCGUGUAGCCGCAUUCAGCAGAACAGACUUGGUGAAAAAAAGAGUAUUAUGUUUACAGCCACUGUGAGAAGACUGAAAUCGAUUGCGAUGCCUUUUUAUGAUCUAAAAUAGCAAACAAGAGCAAUAACUUUAGGGCAUUGUGUCUGAUAUAUACAAUGUCUGAUAUAUUUGACCGUUAAAGGAGAGCAGGGUGAGAUUUUGUUAAAAAACGCUGUCUUAGCAUGUACAAGACAAACAUAUAGAUAAAGGUACCACUUUGUCCGCCAUCUUGCGCUGCCGCUACCACCAGCAAGGCAAACCUGUAGCUCAUUCCCAAUGACUAUUUAGCUGGAACAAGUUGUAUGUUGAAAUCAAACUGUAGGAUUUAUACUUCUGAAAGUAAAAAGUAGGCACUCAGCAAUCACUCUGAUGAGCUUGGACUCUUAGAGACCCCAUGGACCAAUCAGCACAGCUCUUACAACUCCUCCUUUUGAGUGGAUUGAGGAGAGUCAGAGUGAAUCUGGUUUGGGAGAUAGUUUAACAUACUGCUCUGUUAUGUCUGUUGUUGAACUUAAAGUUCAUUUGAAGACUGUUUGCCUUGUCAUUAUCAGUAUCAUUAGUAAAUUUACAAACCAAAAAUACAAGUCACGGUCUUUUGCCUGCUUACCAAGGGCAAUAUAAAACUGUUUUUGUAGAUGUAUCUUCUUGCAGAGAUUUUCCAUGUGAAGACCAGCAUUAGAAAUCAAAAGUUGCCCCAGGAAGCCUCAUCGUUUUUCUAGAGUAUUACAUCCUCUCUCUUUGUCCCUCCUCGCCAACAGAUUUUGGAAAACAAACUCACACAACUCACCGGGAGCCAAAUAAAAGUUUCUGUAAAAUUAUAGUAGUUAUCUGGCAACCCAAAAUAAAGAUGUUCUGUGCCAGCUUUGGUUGAAAUUCACUGAGUAAUACUUCACGUAUCUCACAAUACCCCUCAGUAAAAGUGUUAGAACAUGCGUGAAACUUCGCCCACUCAUUCGUACGGUUGCAGAAGGUCUAGUUGUAGUUGAAAAGGUGUUAAAACUGUGUGAAGUACUGUUGAGUUACGAAAAAACAAAAGCGAUAUUUCUCUCUUUGUGUUUCAACAGAUCUCUGUCUGGGCGCAUAGUCGGUGGCGUUUGGUGGUUCUUCACUUUAAUCAUCAUCUCCUCCUACACUGCAAACCUGGCUGCUUUCCUGACUGUGGAGAGGAUGGUCUCUCCCAUUGAAAGUGCAGAGGACUUGGCUAAACAGACUGAGAUUGCCUAUGGGACACUGGACUCUGGCUCCACUAAAGAGUUUUUUAGGGUAAGAAAUGCUCUCUUUCUGUUCUCUGCCUUUGGGAACAAAGACUUUGAGUUUAAGCAGGAGUCACUGAAAUGCAACGCUCCACUUUCCCAUGGAAGUGAACCAUGGUCCUCAGCUUGAAAUAAAACUUGGUUCAGGAAAUUUAAUCUUCCUUGCAGGAGUGCCUAGAAAUCCCUGUGGGUUGAGUGGGUUUUGUCUCAAAGCAGGGACUGUAAAUUGAAUUUUGGAGGCUUUAAAAGAAGUCACUCUUGAAUUGAAAAUAAACUAGAGAAGCUCCAAAAGUAGUUUACUCAUCCUAAAACUGGAAAUGCUUGGGCCUGUAGCAGAUACACUGUACCUUUCUGAUACUAAUGCAACUGAAAAUAGAAGACACAGAAUGCCACCAUUACUCAUGCACUGACUCAUGUUUCAUUCUCUGCAAAUACAGCAGUCAUUUUUCUUUAUUUUUAUAAUUAACAUAUAAUUAAAGGUAAUUGGUGGCCAUCACUUAUACCUGUGGUGCUACAAAGCACUUCAUUUCUGAGUCAUGUGAAUGGAAAUUUAAAUUCUGAAUAAAAGACUUGUUAAAAGGAAGGAUAUCAGACCCAAAACACCCAACAUUAAACACAGAGUCUGCAGGUAGAUAAUGGCAUUGGGUUCACCAAAUGUUGCUGAAGCCCACGUUGGCAGAGCGAGCACCAACAGCCUUUGGUCUACAUGCCUGUGCUGGUGAUGCUUCACUUAGGUAGGGUGGUUAUAUAACUGUUUAAUCAGAUACUACACUAGAGCCCUCUGUUACUGUGCUUGUUUACAUCCAGGUAGUGGAAGAUUAUAAAACUAUUGCCGUAGUCAUUAAUUGGCUAGCUCCAGCUUCAAUAAUAAUAGAGAUAUUGAUUACUUUGGGGUGUCGUUGGUCCUACCUGUCUAAAUGCACCCCAUGUAUGUACCCUGGUUGACAAAGUACAAUUGCGAUUUGCGGGUGUUUCCAUUGAAUGGUGUUCAGUGCAUAAGCGAGCCGUCUGCCUCUCGCGAGCCGUGUUUAAAUGGCCGUUGCCUAGCAACGAGGUAAACUUCCUGCCCGUGCGACCUCGUAUUCCUUAAGCCUUUUUGCACACCAACAUGGACGAGACACAAAACAUUUUUCGUUUUGGAGCAGCUAUUUCUGUGACCAUUACUGCUGUUGCCGCUGCUGUCAUCAGAAGACGAAGGCAGCGGGUGAUAAUUCAAAGGCAAAGCUCGUAUGUAUGGUAGCGAACACGGAUGAGGGAUUUCUGCGAGAGGAUCGUUAAUGAGGAAUUCACAGACGAAUUGUGGAUUCAAAACUUCAGAAAAAUACAAAUACAAUUCAAAACUUCAGAAAUAAGUCCGUCUCCUCUCCCGUCCACAUAUACCGUUCCAUCUACGCUUGAAAUGAACUGGUCACUUGACCCGCUACGUCACGUCCGGUGACAGAGAAUUGCGAGAAAAGCGUUUCCAUUACACUUUUGCGAUAUACUUCUAUAUCGACACUUCUGAAAAACCACCUCAUGAGAGCGUAAAAACUUUUUAGCGAUAUUUGGGAGGUUUUUCGAAAUGUAGGUGUUUCCAUUACCAGUUUUCUAUUGCGAUAUUUACGUUUUGCGCAAAUCUAUGGGUAAUGGAAACGCAGCUAUUGAUUACUUUGGGGUGUCGUUGGUCCUACCUGUCUAAAUGCACCCCAUGUAUGUACCCUGGUUGAAAUCUAGCCAGUGUAUCCUUUACUGCAUGUCACUACCAGCUCUCUCUCUACCUGUUUUCUGCUCUUUCCACAAUCUUUCCCAUUAAAUACCAACCAAAAAGCUCCAAAACAAAUCUUUAAAAAUAAUUUAAAAUAAAAUUAUUUGUUCAAUCAAGUAGUAAAUCUUGCGUGGCCUAGCAAGGGCAAUAACGUCAAAGAGUGUAUUUGGGUUAAU